AACGAAACAAAAAGAGGAAGAGUCACAGCUGAACGAAGCUCUCGUGAUCAUGCUAACCAGAGAUGUCGGACUCUCCAGACGCACACAGCUUACUCUCAGCUUCUUCACAGCUCAACCUGAUGGAGGUGGACGUGGUGAGAGACUUUGUCGUUAUUGUAAUGGUUAGCAUUUGAAGACUACAUAAAAAUGAAUUCUGUGCCCUCAACUCAUCAGAUGUUUCCUCGGCGUUGAAUCGAUACACCACCCAAACAGGCAACUGCUGUAAAUUUCGCCUAUCCUCCCACCCAUAUGUAAAGUGACCUUUUUGGUAGUAACGAACCCAGUAAAUUUAUGUGAUCGGGUCGAAGGAGCCAUACCUGCCCACAGGUAAUCACUGUGAGGAUGACUACUUGCAGUUAAAAUUAAAAAUGUUCGGUCCUAACUAAGUUUUUAUGGACUGCCUGGAAUUGAAAAUGGUUAUCUUAUCUAUAUUAAGGCUUCUUUUGUAAUUGCGCAAAUGUAAAGACUAAAAGCUGUGUUUCUGAGGGCGGUCACGUGAUUAAACUACAGCGCCAGACCUGGAAAGAUUCAGCUUUUAGCCAACACUAUAUUCACACUUCGGCGAUAUACGGUGUUCAGUUUAUAUGCUAUGAUUGUGGUGAACUGCUUUGUUUUUGCCCGGUUUUUCAGGUAGUUUUAACCGAGUGCAGGACAGGUGUUGUCAGGUACUUCUAAACGUUACUCAUUGACGUUCAGGUCUUUGACAGGUGUUGUACUGAGAAUUACCUACUCAUAGUUAUACGGUAUACAACAUCACACAUAUGUGUUAAUGUGUGUUCAGUAGUGUUAAAGCAGACAUUAGCAUUGAGCUGAUAUCCACACUCUGACAUAUGCAUUGCAUCUACCUGUUAUUCGGUAUAAAGGACCAUCACGUGUCCAAACAGUCUUUGACCCCAAGAGGUCUUCCUAUAUUAAAUUGAAUACUCUACAAAGACAAGAUAUUUAAUGUUCAAACUGAUAAAGUUGAUUGUUUGUUUGUCUGUUUUUUUUUUUUUUUUUUGUCAUUUUUGAGGUUGAUGCUGUAAAUGGUUCCCAAAAAGCCGGUUCAGGGUCAUGUUUCUCUCUGUGUUUCAUCAUCUUUCCUUUAACAACAAUCAGUAAGCCUUGUGAACUGAGGACACUGUCUGUUGAAGCUUUGGAGCUGAAUUCUGUCCUAGUCUUGCUUGAUGGACCACUUCUGCUGCUCAACAGUUCAGGGUCUAUUGUUGUAUUUUGGGCUUCAUAAUGCUCCACACAUUUUCAAUGGGGAACAGGUCUGGACUGCAGUUAGGCUAGUCUAGUUCCUGGACACUUUGACUUUGAAGUCCUGCUGUUGUAAUGCAGAAUGUGUUUUCUUGUAUUGAGACGUCCCUGAAAAAGACGGCUCUGAUGGCAGCAGAUGUUGCUCCUAAACCUGUCUGAACCUUUCAGCAUUAAUGGAGCCUUCACAGAUGUGACGUUAGCCAUGGACGAACACACCCCCAGAUUUAUAGACUUUGUUUAUAAAGUACUUUUCAUACAACAAUCGUGUAACACAAUGGGCUGCACUUGAAAAAGAAAAAAAUAAUAUUAAGAAACCAACUCCCAGCCUCUACUCACCAAUCCAUAGACAGAGUAAAGAAUAUGUAAAUGAGAGACUUAGUAAAAACAGGAGCUGAUCUAACUGAGGAAACUGAACAAACACUAUCAUAAGAUCUAAAUGAGGAAACACUGGCGGUAGAAUCAAAUGUUCAAAGUCAAGAUAGGAUAAUGAAACAACCAACAUAAAUAAGAUAAUAAAAUAAUAAGCAAUGGCUCUAAUACAAGAACAUUAAAACAGAAUAAAUGACAUUACCAAGUGCAACAGGUGAUCCUGUUUGGGCUCCUGCUGCAUCCCUAACCCAGGCAUCAAAGACAGGAUAUUUACUGUAGCUGGGACAUAUCAGACCCAGAUCACUUUCUUGCUCUGUGGUACAUGUGUGAAGGGAAAAGACAGGCAUGCUGCACACACUGGACACUAGAAAUUAACUGGACAAUACUCAGAGAGAACCUUACGAGAACAAAGCCCUUUACACAAAUCAUCUACAGUAUUAGCUUCCCCAUACUGCUUCACUUUGCAAAGAGUUUGGCUGUUUUGGCACCUUUAUCUCAAUGAUGGGUUUCCAUCUGUACAGCAGAUGCUUCCUCAUACAUGUUGUAGUUUCAUUUAUCCAAAAAAACAAUCACAAAAUCUUCCUACUCUCGCAAGCUCUACCCAGGUGACACCCUUCACCUAAACCAAAGCAUAAUGAGUGUUGUAAGUAGAGACUAGAGUACCUUCAGCUGAGUGCUCCAUGCAUGCAGGAGAGGGUCUGGAUUAAGUCUGGAUGUUAGUCCCGGGAUUGUCUUGAAUUCAUCUGUAAAAAUGUAUCCAACUUGACUUAACAGGGGAAAAUCAAAGAUUGGGGACUUAUUAUUAACAGCUUAGUUUAAAUGACUAAAUGAAGAAAAGUACACUCCUUUUACAUAUGACCUGCAAGAUGGCAACUCUGUUAAAGAAAUAGUAAAAGUAAUCUGGUUUCUCAGCAACUUUUGAAUGCAAAACAAAGACGGUUUCUGAGCAGUGUUUUGUUCUUGUUGACCACCAGCUAAAUCAUGCGACUGCUGCAGUGGUGCUGUGAGACAGGAGAAUAUUGCAGCUACAGUGGCGGUUUUCAUACAGCUGAUCUCUGUUAGGGAAAGUUCAGAUCUGUUAAAAAGUUCAGAUCUUUUACCUUGAUUGGCUAAUGUGACUUCUUCCUGACUCUCUUGUUUUUCUAUAUUCCUUGUUAGAUUGAUGAUAAGGAGUUUGACAUUCCCCAAGUUGACACGCCUCCAACACUGGAAAGUAUCCUCAAUGAGGUAGUUUCUCUCACUUUUCUGCAUGUUUCAGUGUUUUAUUCUCUCUGUCUGUCAGAUAGUGUUUCAGCCAAUAAUAUUAGCUACGUCUUAUUUGAAUAGAUAUAAAUAUCCAGACAGAACCUACAGUGAAUAAAGUAGAUUAAAAAUGUUCUGUAUGUCUGAACUUACCUACUAGGUCCCACUACUAUGCAUUCACUGUGAAGAAAAACAGAUAUGAGCCCGCCUGGGUGUCAGUAAUCAUUGUCUUUCAUUGAAUUACAUUACUGAUAAGUAAGUUGAGUCACAUUAAACAUUUCUAAUCUGCAUUUUUAUUGCAGUCCAAACACAUCUAGCAGACAGCAGGUGGCAUCAGAGGGCUCUUACCUCUCUAUGUGACAUGGAGAGCCAGUUGUUGAAACUGAGAGCUACAGACAACAUUCAGGAAAGAGAAUUCAGUCAAGUCAUCGAAAACAACUGCAUUAAAGAGGAGCUCUCUUCCGGAGAGAGUUUUAAAGCUAGGACCAGAGCAAACCAACAUUAAGAUUAAAAUAACAGCGAGAGGAAUAAGCCUCUGUCACUUUGAAGAAGCUGACUAACCCAGAAGGUUGGCCUAAAGUGAUGCUAAUGCUUUAUUCAGCCUGUCCUGCCUCCUUUCUCAGAUGUUAGGAUCAGGCCCGGCAUGGCUGCAGACAUGUACAACUAAUUCAAAGCACUUCCAGGAAAAGAGAAAUAACAGGAACAAAGCAGGGUCUGUGUGGAAAAUGUCCCAUUCAUUCAAGUUAGCAGAUGUACAUAAAUGCUUUAUAUUUUACCCAGUGUAUAGCGGUGUAAUAUGUAUGAUUUUAAACUUGAAAUACUCUUACCACUCCAGGCAAAUUCUUCAUCUAUAGCCACUGACGUAAACAAGUGAAAUGAGCAGAUUGUUGGUUCGAUUCAAAGGAGAAAGGACUGAUUGAAAGCAAAGAUAUUUGUUUUUAUUUGCUCUGUCUCUGUAGCUAGAGGGGGAGGAGGAACCAUUUGUAUUGGAAGAUACCUGUGUACUGAACACAGACAACAUUGAUGCUUACUCCUGUGACACCUCCUCUCUGGCCAGCUCGGACAGUGGAGACCCUGCACACCUGAAACGGCAUGAACACACACACACACACACGUUCUCAUACACACACAUUAAGAACUCUAUGAUCAGUAUGCCAGGUAUCAAUAUGAGCUCCACUACGAAGCUACUGAGAAAUGUACCGAAGCUACUUACAUUGCAGCUUGUAAUGCCAUUACUGACCGUCACUGAUGUUUAACCAAUUGUUCAUUGUCUGCCUGCUCAAUCAAAGAAAAAGACUUAGGUGAUUUUUUUGUGUCUGUCUUAAUUGUGUCUGUGUGUAUUUGUAUUUGGAUGUGGACAUGCACAUAUAUGCAGGAAGAAAAGGACAUUGGAUUUGAAUGCAGUAGUCCAUGGGUCUGUUCUUCGACAAAGCCUGCUGAAGGGUAUCUCUGCACAGAUCGUCUCUGCUGCCGUAAGAAUAGCACACACACACACACACACUGGAACAGUGGUUGUAAGUAGAAAAAUGGGCGACCGUUAGGUCAAUCAAUUGCACUGACAAACCUGUAGCUCUUGUUGAGUUUGAUAGAAAGGUGUUAGAACAUUAGUACAUCACAGUUUGUUGUGUUUGGGGCUACAGUCCGGUCAGGGUGCCCAUUUAGACCCUGCUGCUGAGAGCAUCUACAUGUGAGCAUCUAAAGUGGACCAUGUAGCUGUGGAUCAUGACAACUGGACCAAGUGUUGAUGCAGUCUUCUGAAUGUCCUAGAUCUCAUCAAUCCAAACUAAGGCUGCACGAUAUUGGAAAAAACUAACAUUGCGAUUUGUUUCAACCCUGCGAUAUAUAUUGCGAUAUUAAAAAUAUAGAAAUUUUCACCAGAUGACCUGAAUAACAUUUAAUGUUUUGCUGCACCGCUGAAGUCUUGAGGACAGUUAACCUGCUCUGAUCUCACCUCUUUUUGUGAAUGUUAGUAGAAUGGCUUCUGUCUGUCUCAGAGAUAUUUUUAGCUUUUAUUGUGCUGGGACGUUGUUGUGGCGACAGAUGAACACAGAACACGUGUUUUGGUUGACAUCAUCCUUCUUUUAACCGAAAUAAUUCCAGAUAACUGACUUUCCUGUUCUUUUUGGCAACAAAUCUUCAUUUUCGGUGGUUUUCUCUUGUUCGUUGUUCAUUUUGCAAUCGUUGUUGUUGUUGUUAGCGGUGUUGUGCCGAGAAACACAUGUCCUCCGAGAAUUGCAUGCACCUCUCAAAAUGCGCACCGCUUAUAGUAGAGUGGUCCACGGAAAUAUACAUUUUAAAACCCAUACAGUUCUUAUUUGUUGGGCUUAACAGUCAUGAGUAAAGUUCCGAAAGUAAUUCUCAGCGGACACGCGUUUCUUGGCUCAACACCAGCAGCCAGCGACUAACUCCAUGUGCAGAACAUGUGCAGGGGUGGGUUUCCUCCUCUCUGAUUUUGAUUGACAGCUGGCAGGGUAGUCUGAUUGGCAACUGAGAACUGAGUCUGAUUGGCAACUGAGUAAAGGACAAAGGUGAUUGGUGGAUCGCUGCACAGCAGAUGCAGAGUCACAUGCAGUGUAUCUCAGUCAGCUACCCUUGAAAUUAACUGAGUUCAUUCACGUCCGACAUCGCAGGCUCUGCGAUGUGACUAUCGCGCACACACGUACAUCGUGAUGACGAUGCUCAAACGAUAUAUCGUGCAGGCCUAAUCCAAACCCCACCUCACAAUUUACAGAGCUUAAGGGAUCUGCUGCCAAAGUCUUGGUGCUAAAUAUCACAGCACAUCUCGAGAAAUUUAGUGGAGUCCAUGGCUGUUUUGGCCUGGAGCCUGCACCGUUUUAGGUGUUACAUCUGUCGUACCUCAGACUCUGAAAAGUCAGGUGUCAGUUGCCAGAAACAGAGUAUUACUACUAGGGGGUAACAGGAAUGCUAUCUGCUCCUUUGUGCAAGGAGGACCAGGUAAAGCAUUACCAGAGGCCUACAAAUGACCUCAGUAGACCACUUGUGUGCAUGUUCUUUCUGUCCAAACUGUCAGAAACAGACUACAUGAGGGUGGCAUGCGGGCCCAACGUCUAGAAGUUGGGCCUGUGCUCAGAGCCCGGCACCAUUUAGCCUGACUGGUAUUUACUAGAGAACACUAGAAGUGGCAGAUUGGCCAGUGGUGCCCCGUUUGAGUGAUGGUUAAUCAUGGUGAGUGAUGGUAAGGGAGGGGAUAUCUCACAGCAAAACUCUGGCUCAGACUCUUAGUAGCUGGAGUACAUGCAUAGAAGCUUUUGCUUGGAUUGAAUUGGUCAAUCUGGUGGUGGAAACCUGGGUUGAGACUGUUAAAUGUUGAUUCAGAUAAAUAACAAUGGAGUCUGUUAAUACAAGGCAAUAAACAACAUUUGAUAUUUGCUACAGACUGAUUGGUAUAAAAAGCAGAAGGUUUGGGUCAUACCUCAGAGGGGAAAGUUGAAAGAUUGACAUUAUCCUGUGUCCCCAGAUGAGGGAUCUUUUCUGUGGUUCGUCUCUGCUAAAAAACCCUUGUAUCUUUUUUUUUUUCAGGACAAGGUGGAUGCUGGACUGCCCACUGCUAUAGUAAGUUUCCCCUUUAUCAAACAAUACGUUCAGCUUUUUCUGUUAUACCUUUUUUUUGCUUUGCUUCUUUGAUCAACUCUGAGCUCUACGUUUUGUUUUGCUGUUUAGACAGUGUCAGGUGUAAUUGCUGUGGGAACGUCUCAUGGUCUGGCUCUGGUCUUUGGUAAGUCUACUCUAAUCACACCCUGGCACACACAGUGGUACAUGUGCAUUAAUCAAUCAAUAAGCAUUGUAUUUUUUUUCCUUAUCUAAUUCAGACAGGUAGAUUUUCAAAUAUGAUUCAUAUGUUUGUGGCAUGUCAAAGGAGGUAUUUUGAGUCUAUUUCUGUUUGAAUUUUAAUGAAUUUUGCCCUUAGCUCAUGAAAAUCAGAAAUCCAGUCUCUAACAUGAUUACAACAGUGUCCAAAAUCAAUCAUAAAUAUAGCAAUGUAAUGUUAAACUUCUGACAAGUCUGUCCAUUUAUACCCUCAGUUAUUGAUUGGGGCUCCUUUACCAUGAAUCCCUGCAGUCAGGCUGUAGCUCUGCAGUUUCAAUGAGAUUACAGUGAUCAAAGAUGUACUCCAGUAUUCAGCUAUUUUUGCCUUUGUAUGUGAUUUAUGACACUCUCUGAUCCUCUCUAAAAACGUAAGAAUAAAAUCUUUUGAGAAGAAAAGAGCCUUUUUGGUUAUCUGUGUUUUUUCUAUCUUAAUAGCUGAAAAUGAAAAAAGGAUUCCUCUUAAAGAGGGUACGAGUCAUUUUUAAGUGGGGGAAAAAAAGCUUAUCACAUGUUAAGUUCUUCAUUGCAUUGUUGUAACAUGAAGCUGGGAAUGUAAAAAUAUCAACUGCUGAUCAAGUCUGAUUAAGUCUGAAAUGAAUGAGUUAAUUUACUGCUGUGGUGUGUCUUGGGUUUGGACUGGGACCCGGCUUGAGAUUUUUGACACCUGUCUCUUUUGUAAUGCUGACUUAAUGAUCCCUUGGCAGGAAAAGGUAUGAACAUCACUAUACAGUGGCUGACUGAUGCAUUUUGUUUCCAUUUUGUUAAACCUAACUCGCUCUGACUGGGUCAUUAGUUGUGUCCUGUUGUUUUGCUGACUUUUUUUCAUGCAUGCUUUGUUGCCUGAUUUUGGUAUAUGCAAAAAUGUUUGCAGCAGCAAUCAAACUAAAGCUUUCCAGCUCCUCAGUUCAUGCCGAUUUGUUGUCUUUUAGGGCUCUGUUUUCGUGCCUUGCCGGCAGCGACUAUUUACUGAAUAUUGAAUUUAUUGCUGUUUCAGCUGUGUGAAUUCAGUCAGGUUGAGUGGCCAAAUGCGUGCCAAACGCGCUUAUCAGACAAGAUAUUGAUCAGAAUUUAUCGAUAUAGAUGUAUGUGCUGACUCAGAUAGUUGCACUGAAUAUUGGUUGUUGUUGAUUAUUUAUUGCACCGAAAUGUGCCUGACACUGUGAAAACCUGCUGGUGAGGCAUCAGUGACGUAUGUGCACUACGCUGCCAGUCUACUAAAAUACCACGAGACCAGCUGUGCUCCGCCUGCACUUAAAGCUGACCAGGUUUUAAUCGGCGAGCUUUCAGUGCACUUUCCAUGCCUCAGUCACUGUGCCAGCUGAUUCUGUCGACACCUCCCCCUACCCCGCCACCACGCCCAGCUUGGCAGACCUCGGUGCGCCUCAGUCUACGAAAAUACCAAACUGGCUGUGCGCUGGGUUCUGCCAGACAAAAAUACCACUGCGCGGGGUGCACCACCCUUUGCCACGCCGCCAGCAGGCACGGAAAUAGAGCCCUUAGUGUCAAUGUGCAGAUUUAUUCAGUUAUUUCUUUUUAAAAGCUCAUAAAUGGCAAAAAGGUUGGAUAUUUCUCUGUAAUUACUGAACCUUUCUAACCCCCCCAAGUCUAUCCUCUUGCCUUAGCACUUCAUUAGUUCUUCUUUUUUUCCUCCAGAUAACAACCAGGCUCUGAGGCUCUGUCUGGGCACCAAGUCCACUGGAGCAGAGUUUGGGGCUGUCUCUGCACUCAGCAUCAACCAUGAUUGCUCACGACUUCUCUGUGGGUUUGCCAGAGGACAGGUAAACACUAAAAUAUACAGAUGUAAUAUACCCCAUUCAAAUUCUACCUUUCAGCACUCUCCUGGUAACAGGCUUCAACAGCAGCAUGCUUAAAAAAAAGUUAGAACUAAAUCACACAGAUCAUGUAUUGGUCAUGAUCAUGACAAUAAACAUCCUCUGCUGUGUGAUUCAUAGUCCGUGGGUAGAGAACUCUUUGUACAGUCCAGUAUUCAGCUUUUAGGAGUGAGCAGAGUUUGUCAGUGGAUCUCCCUCUUGAAUCGUCUUGAUCUGUGACAAAAUUAUCCAUACCUGAAUAAGAAAAAAGGUCUGCGACAUCCCAGUUCAUCUGUAUCCAUACAAUGUGUUUUUAUGUUUAUAUAUACAUGUACACCAUGUUUUUGAAAUGUGUUAUUCAUUAUAGACUAUUUUGUUCAGGAUUUCUGUCUCAAAUCUUGGGAUUUAUUUUCUGAAUGUUCAUGGUUUAGAUAACCAUGUGGGACCUUGCCAAUGGAAAGCUCCUGAGAACUAUCAAUGAUGCCCAUCCUCCAGGGACAGCUAUACUGCACAUUAAAGUAAAAAUACACACACACACACACACACACACACACGCACACACACACACACACACACACACACACACACACACACACACACACACACACACACACACACACACACACACACACACACACACACACAUACACACAUUGCAGCUACCCCCAGUGCUACUUACUCAUUCACCGCCAUAGACUGUAUAUAGAAUGGAAGCCGUCUGCCUCCUUGUUGGGUGAAGCCACCGCGAGUACAGCACCCUCUGGUGACAGGCUGCAGUAUAGGUCACAGCCUCUGGGUGUAUGAAGAUUGCAUAGCUAACUCGGGGGAUGUUUGAGCCGAGCUUUAUCACAGCGACUCUGGGCAACUCUCCUGCCAAAUGUGUACUAUGCUACUUUGCAUAGUGGUGGUUCUAGGAAGUGGAGAAAAUCCCGGAAAUACCAAGAGCAAUUUAGCUUCAAAUUCAUAUAAUGACGGAAGGUGGAACCAAGUUGUCCAUAGUAUAUACAGUCUUUGUUCAGUACUUCAGCAAAAACAGUUAAAAACAAACAAACAUCAUCUCCUGGGUGUCAGAAACUUAUUUCUAUGUCAUUAUGUUAUCAGUUCACAGAUGACCCAACUCUUGCAGUGUGCAAUGACAGUGGAGGAUCUGUUUUCGAGCUGGUUUUCAGGUAAAUGAUAAUAACAGUUUUUGAACGUUGAAAUUUGUCAUUGUGGUAAAAUCGUUGUUGGACAUUAUGAGACUGACAGUUCAUCCCAAAUGGAUGAACUUUCAUGUCAAACUCAAUGUGUAAGGGUAGCGUUGGGUGAAGCACAGUUCCCUCUUCAUGAUAAGUAUUAGUCUAGAUGAAAAAGAGAGGAAUUAUGGAGUUCAUGAAGGCCUCCUCACCUAGGAUUUAUUAAAAUCCUGGAUAUCUGCUCUCGUCUGCCUCAAUAGUAUUCCAGCAGAUCUAUUGGCAGUAUUGAAGUAAAUCCCACCCUUAUACAAUGCAUAUACACCAUCUCAACAGGCAACAGUUUUUCUGAAAGCAUGAUUGACUACAUCAGUAGUCAACACUAAGACCUUACCUUAAGGUUACAUCCCUGAACCCUCCCACCAUGAUUGUUCCUACGGUGUUUGUUGCAGCAUAUAUUUUGGAGAUGACCUUUAGCUGGGUGGCAUGAGCCCUUUGUAGGGUUUUUUGGCCUGUGGGUAAUAAGUGUAUUACACUAGAGUUGAAAUAAAUGUUCUUGAACCAAAUCACCAUGUUUAUCAUCAUUAACUCUGUGAUCAGCUGACAGUGUGUUUGUAAAAUUGAAAAGCUUUCUGUGGAGUGUGUCUCAGUUUUCCACCCACAGGCUACAGGCAUCUCCACCUACAACUGUGUCCCAGAGUUAAAACAUGUCUGUUGUAAUUUAUGCAAUUUGAUGCUCUUUGUGCAGUUAUACAUGCAAUUCAGGUUUUUUUUUUAAUUCAUUUAUACAUUCAUCAGAUUUUUCCAAGAAUGAGAAGUGAAGCACAGCUCUUACUACUCUUGUAUUUCUGAUAAUUACCUGUCAUUUUCUUUGUUUCUAGGAGGCUGAUGGGCAUGCGUUCCUGUGACUCCCGGUGUCUUUUUAGUGGUUCCAAAGGAGAGGUCUGCUGCAUUGAACCAUUACGUACUCCUCCAGACUUCAGGGAUCAUCCCAUCACACACUACUCCCUGCUGGCUAUGGCCUCUCUUACUAAAGUGUGAAAACACACACACAACCCCAUUCACAGUUGAAUCUGUGUUUUGUGUUCAUUCAUCAAACCGGAUCAAAUGUAAUGUUUCUGCAUUAUCUCUCUUCUCUCAUCAGAUUUUGGUCAUUGGACUGAAACCUUCACUUAAAGUCUGGAUGACAUUUCCUUACAGCAAGGUCAUUAUUUGUUUUUUUAUUUAUUUAUAAUCAUAAAGAUAAAAAAAAAAAUUAAAAUCCCCCCUUAUUUUAACAAAUUGGGGAGGACUCCCCUUUCCCUUUUUAAAGGAUGAAUUUGGAGUCCAUGCCUCACACUGUGAAUUUACUGAUAGUGUGUCACGUUUGACACUACAGAUGUCAACAUUAAUUCAAUUAAAUUCAAUUCAGCUUUAUUUAUAUGGCACUUUUCGUACAUAAGGAAAUGCAAUUCAAAGUGCCUCACAGAAGCUAAAAACAACAAUGAAGACAAAAACCCAACCCUUCCACCCAAACAUACACCCAUGGACCCACAUGCACACAAAGACACACACUCACCCUCACUCACCCACACAUACACACACACACACACACACACACACACAACCGCACACAAUGUGAGAAUUUACGAUAUAAGUCAAAGAGACAUGGCCUGACACUGAAACAUUACAUGAGGAAAAAGCUACCUUCAGGAAACACUGGAGAUAAAAAUAGAGAUAGAAAUGGUGAAAAGAGUAAAGCCUGAUGGACUAAAAUAAGAAAAUAAUAGUAUUAAAUGAACAGAUAAAUAAAAGGGGUAAAAGAAGUAAAAGCCUGUGAUGGGAAAUUUAAAAAAAAGGCUAAGAACAGAGAUAAUGAAUAGAAUGACAUAAAAUAAACAUUAAGAACUUUGAUUAAAAUGAACAUUUGCAAUAAUAGAAAUAUAAAAUGGCAAUUAGUGAAAGGCCAGGUUAAAAAAGUGAGUCUUGAGUCUCUUCUUAAAAAUAUCAACAGUCUCUGCGGCCCUAAGGCUUUCCGGCAGGCUGUUCCACAACCGGGGACCAUAAAAACUGAAAGCCGCCUCCCCGUGUGUUUUUGUUUUGACUCUGGGUAAGGUUAAAAGGCCUGUGCCGGAGGACCUCAGGGUCCACGAGGGUUGAUAUGGUAAAAGUAGAUCAGAUAAAUAGGAGGGCCCAAGACCAUUAAUACAUCUAAAAACUAAUAAAAGAACCUUGAAAUCAAUCCUGAAACGGACAGGGAGCCAAUGCAGCGAUGCUAAAACUGGCGUUAUAUGCUCCCGCCCUCUGACCCUUGUCAGCACUCUUGUAGCUGAAUUCUCUAAUAGCUGAAAUGUCUUUAAGUUUUUCUUUGGGAGGCCAGAGAGCAGGGCAUUACAAUAAUCUAAACGAGAGGAGAGAAAAGCAUGCAUCAGCACCUCCGUGCUGGCCUGAGAGAGAAACGGGCGGACCCUGGCUAUAUUCUUAAGGUGGUAAAAACCUACCUUUGCCAUGUUUUUGAUGUGUGGAAUAAAACUGAGCUCAGAGUUGAAAAUUACACCCAGGUUUUUUUAUAGAUGUUGAUACUUUAAAAUCUUGUAGUUUUGGUAAAAGUGUCUCUCUCAGGCCUUCAGGACCAAUAAUUAAAACCUCUGUUUUGUCCUGGUUGAGCUGCAGGAAGUUGGCUGCCAUCCAGGACUUGAUGUCUAAAAUGCAAUUUAAAAGGGCAUCAAUUGGCCCACUAUCAUCAGGAGACACGGACAUGUACAGUUGCGUAUCAUCAGCAUAGCUGUGGAAGCUGAUGCCGUGCCUCCUGAUGAUGUCCCCCAGGGGAAGCAUGUAAAGAUUAAAAAGAGUUGGACCUAAAAUUGACCCCUGGGGAACCCCACACAUAAUUUUAUGGUCUAACCUUUAUUUGGACUCUUCAGAUAGAACCAACAAUGACUAAUAAACAAUCAUAAUCACUACAGCUAAAAGCAGUGGAUCUAUUAAAGGUGCUCUUUAUUACCAACAUGCUUUUACUUUGCUCUUAAAUUUACUGUAUUUUCCUCUGAGCGGCAUUUAUUUUCUUUAAUAGUCUGUUUUAUACCCAAUAAUGUGGUUAUUGAUAAAGACAGGGAAGCAGACACAAAACUUAGCUUUUUAUUCCAACAAUUACAGGUAGGAAAUUUUUGAGGUCUCCCACUGAUAUAAUAAAAUAUUGUUUUUUUUCCCUUUCCAGUCAGAUCCAUCCAGCGUUCCUCAGCUGGCCUGGCAGUUUGUUCCUGCUCAGAAGACUGUCAACCCAGUACUGGCUUUCUGCAAAGGAGACACCGUCCACUUCCUCUUGGUAUAUAAGUAACUCUUUUUUUUUUUUUUCUUUUUUAGCAAGUCUGCCCAUCAAGCUCCUGAUCAAUAGGUCAGGUAUGGGUUGUAAUGUAUUAUACAUUAGUGCAAAAUAAAAAAAAAAACACUGGAAUUCUGUUGUUAAUGACACAUUAACUCUCACAACUUUUUCAUUACUUGGUGAUAAAGCUUAAUAAAAAACACACUAUAUGUUUAAUCUAAAAGUUAUAAUUUAAGUCAUAAUAUUUUACACAGAUAGCUGUUUUUUGACAUUUUGGCUUGUUCUUUUGUGGGCUUUUAACAGAGAGGGUGUAAAAAUGUAUAAAUGAGAUGAUAAAAGGUUUUAAUGUUUUAAAAAAUUAGGACAGUUGAAGUGUUUUUGUCUGACACUUUACUUAUAGACACAAAAUUCUGAUUAUAAGUUCUUAUCAAUUGAAUUUCCCCUCAGGGAUCAAUACAGUUUGUCUUAUCUGAUCUUAUUAAUGUGUUAUAGGGUCAUAUAAUUAUUAAUUACCUCAUACAGAGCUGCCACUUUACUUAAUAUAGCUCUGAGUCAUGAUUUAAAAUGUUUUGAGUUUUAAUAAAACACUUUCUGAAAGCAGAAUAAAAGAAAUCAUUACUUUUUUUAUGAUGCACAGAAAAAGUUGCAUACGAAACUUUAUAACAGCGUACAUUUAUUAGAGUUAUAAUUUGUUAUUUAAUCCAGAAUUCGAAGACUCUGAUUUCAAUUUUGCAUUCAAGUUGAACACAUAAUAAACCAUAGCUUUAUAAGUCAUGAUGCUCACUGUUUAUAAUAAUUCAUAAACAUUACUAUAAGUUGUUAUGAAUGUGUAUAAGCAUUUAUAAGGGUUGUUAUAAAGCUGUAUAGAUGUCUUUGUGAGGCUUUAUGAAUGUACUGAUUAUGCAUUUAAGAGGAGGGUUCAUGUAAAGUAUUACUGGAUUUUUGUUUUAAUUGUUAUCACUGUUUUUCUCUUUUUAAAGUGAACUCAUGUGCCUGUAUACUGAACUGCUUAUUGUUGAAGCAGUGCUGUGUAAUGUGCUUCGGUGUGUGAUGUGAGAGUGAAGUCUGUGAGCUCAGCUGUCUGUAAUAUCUGAAGCUCCUCCUUUUCACUUCAGUUUUUUUUUUCUUUUUUUUUUUAAUGUAGGUAAAGAAGGAGGAGACGGGGACCAUCCAUGUGAUCAAACAAAGACAGCUCCACCUUACCUGUGACAUCAUUAGUCUCAGUGUAAGUACCUGACAGUGAUACAUGGGGAGAGUGUUUCCCAGGUUAUUUACAUUCUCUUCAUUUUAGUCCUGGUCUUUUUAAAGAGUAAGAGAUAACACUAUUCCAUGGAGUAUCUAAGUUAUAGCAGUUUACCAGACCUUAUGUUCAUCCUUUGACCAACACACAGGUUCUCUCUGCCUCUCAAGCAUAUGAGAAGCACAUUCUCAUCCACCUCUUUAAGUUGCAUGACUUAGUUUGAGGUCAGGUUAAAUUUGAGCCACUUCAGGGUUUUUUUCCUUCUGAUUGCAAAAUGGCACACAGACUCUGAAAGCACCAUGGAAACAGGCCCAUUGAUGUGGAAAAGUAAUAUGUACACCAAUCAUAAUCAAAUACAUUACUUAGAUUGUUACUCAUAUCUUCUUCAUUCAUUUAAUUUGUGGCAGUUAUUGAUGCACCGAUAAGUCACACACAAACACAUUAAUUGAGCAUUGAUGAAGGUUAAUCAGAGGAACAGAACUGUAAAGUGUCAGCUUGCCAUUGACCAUUGUCAGAGCUCUGUUCUGUUUGAACCAGUACAGUGUGUGCACAUAAGCUCUGCUUCAGUCAUGUAACCUGAAGGUGAGUUCAGUUUCCAUCAAGACAUUUAAGAAACUCGGAGCGUAUGCCCAGCCUUACGUUUGGCUAUUAAAACCAACACAAAUUUUCAUCUUAGGCUUAAAGCUAAUCUGUUUCAAAGGGAAAAUGUAGGAGUUAACAACAAGAUUAAAUAGGACCAGUUGAAGAAACCAGCCCCCAGCUAAGCUUGGUCUUCGUAAAGACUUACAACUACAUAGAAGUGAGAUCAUCUCACCUUUGAUAGCCAGAAAUGACACCCCUACAACAGUGGCAAGUCCCACUCCAGUAGCCACACCAUAUAUUGGUCCCAUGCAUUGUGGAUUACUGAAUUUUAUUCUGCAUUAGGAGCCUAGAGAUAAAAAAUUCACUGUGGUAAGUACCAGGGAGGUACAACACUAGUUAAUGAUCUUAGGUAUGGCUUAUGUAUGAGUACAGACUAUCAGUAACACUGAAUAUAAACACACCUUUCAUAAUGUAUCAGAAGCACAUUGAUAAAGCCUUAUAAAUACAUCUAUAAGUCUUAAUAACAGAGCUUUAUAAUAUAACUUAUCAUGCAUUAUAUCUUCAUGCAAAAGAAAAAACAAACUGUCUUAAAUUUAUAACUCACCCAACUUCACCCUGUUAUAAAGGUUUAUAAAGAAACUCACUCUGUGUACCAUAAAAAAUUCGUGAUUUCUUUUCAGAAAGUGUUUUAUUAAAACUCAAAAUGUGUUAAAUCAUGACUCAGAGCUCUUUAAGUUCAAUGACAGCACUGUGUGAGGUUAUUAGCAAUGAUACGUAUAUAAAGUGCCAGACAAGAAUACUUCACAACAUAAAUACAUCUUUACAAUAGCGAAGUUUUACAUUAAAGUAUAUAUAAUUGUUAUUGCCCUUGGUAUCAAUAAACACAGCGUUGCGUUCGACUGGUACAGUCUUGAAUCCUUGUAUGAGUACAAGUAUUUGAAUAUUGGUAUUUUAAACACAACUUUACUACUAAAACAACUACAGUUUUCCUUAAAUUCAUGAUUACAUUUCCUUAACACACACACACACACACCGUACCAUUUACAUAGAACAAUUUCCCCCAACAUUAUUAAUACCACGCACAGCCAAGUAAGUAAAGUAGACCUACGCAAGUAAACCUACAAUACAAACAAUAACACGCCACUCGAAUAAUUUCAUACCACCUACCUCUCUUUGCCUACCAAGGGUGCAAACUGGAUAUAAAUAGCCUCGACCCCAGACCAACUGCACCCAAUAAUAAAAACAAAAUAUCAACUAGAAAAGCACUCGGAGAGCGCAGACCUCCGCCAAGCAGCUCAUGUCCCCCCUUAUAUUGUGAUUCACACCAAAACUCUUAGUGUUACGUGUCUUUUAUUAACUUUUAUUUGUUUUUAAACUGGUAUGUUCACUGUUCAUAAUGCUCCUAAAACGAGAAAUGCCCUGACCCGGAUUCAAACCCAGGACCUUCUUACUGUGAGGCAACAGUGCUAACCACUACACCCUGUGCUGCCCAUCUACACCACUGUGCCGCCCAUUGGUUAUCUUUCAGCAUUGAAAAUUCCAACGUCACCCUUAUUUUUGUGUGUUCUGGAUCACAGAAUCUGGAAUUUUGUCUGGAUCAGGAUCAACCUUUGACACCUCAUAAAACUCAUUGAGAUCCUUUUGUGUAAUUUUUUACUAAAGACUCAGGCCAUUUUUAUAGAGUUAAAUGCAAAAAUUCCUAAAUUUGCCCUAUCUCACAAUGAUAAAGAAUCCUUCAAAAAAUUCCUGGAUCCAAAAGGCGAUCCGGAUCACCACCAAAAUGUAAUGGGAUCGUCCUGGGGCUGAGACGCACCUCUGGUGAAAAUUUCAGGUCAAUCCGUCAGUAACUUUCUCCGUAAAGUUGUUCACAGACAAACAAACAAACAAACCAAUGCUACCGAAAACAUAACCUCGUUGGCGGAGGUAAAAACAGGUAUAUGCUGGGCUUAUUGUUUGUCAUAGACAGCCAGAAGACUUAAGUUUAACUUUCCUUUGUUUAACUACACUUACUUAAAUCAUUUCCUCUCUCAACAACAGCCUGCUCAUUCAUGUCCAUUUUUGUGUAGCAAACCUGGUGUGUGGCAAAACUGCCGUGUGACGUCACUAUUUAACCCUUUUUUUUUUCUUUCAAACUUUACAGGGUGUGCCAACCCUGGAUGUGAACAAAUCAGCUCAGCUGGCCACUUACAAUUAUGAAUCAUUAUUUUUUUUAUGCUCACUCAUUACACUCUAUAAGUAUUGCUUAAAGCUGUUUGUAAUACUAUUAUCACCCAUAAGGAUUGUCAUAAAGCCGUACAAAUGUAUUGAUGAGGCUGAAUAAAUGUGCUCUUGGUGCACAGAAGAUGUGGGUCCAGGUGGUUCGCAGAAGUCCAAAGUGCUUGACUCCUUUUUUUCCCUGUCUCUUUGUCUCUGCAGUGGAUUAACAGUCGCACCCUGGUCCUGGUAGACAGCCACGAAAAGCUGCAGGUUGUGGACCGGCCUAGUCAGGAGGUUUUGGAGACUUUGGAUUUAGAGCAGGUGCAGCUGGUCUACAACAGUCGGCAUUUCAAAUCUCUGGCUACUGGAGGGAAUGUGUCUCAGGCACUGGUGAGGGAUUAGGUAGAUGGGGUUCAUUAUUUAUUUACAUCAGGAGCAAUAGUAAAGUUUAAUAUCCAGGAUCCACAACAAUUCUCACUUAAAGCGGUGGUAAGGAUUUGGAUUUGGUAGGUGGGAAGAUGUUCAUACAUAUAGAACUCUAGAAACUUGAACAUUUAGCAAAUAUUAUUAGUAAGAAGAUUAGAAUGAUCAGAUUAAAACAAUGGUGGCAUUUAAAAUAAGUCUACACAUUAAGUGAAUAAGUAUUGGCAAAUGGAGUAUAUUGUACUUAGUGCUUUUGAAGCCUUCCCACCACUCAAAGCCUUUUGCACAACAUACAACAUGCUACAUUCACUGUUUCACACAAAUGCACACAUUAAGUUCAUACAACUGCAAAGGACCAGAGCACAUAACACACAGAGACGUGGACUUUUGGGGAGUAAUAUGAGACUGUCCAAGGAGACUGUGACGUGUACAGCAGGAGUUGGCAAACGCUGAUCUCCCAGUACGGACACAAACCUUCCUCUCUUCCAAAAAGAUACUGAAGAGAUACUUUUUCUUGAACAACCACUCUGAAUUUUAGGAUCUAAAAGUCUCAGAUCAUUAUAUGAUCUCCUCCCAUGGGCUGAUUUCCCAAAAGUCUCUCUGUACCUUUAUAGUGUCCAACAACCUCAGCUACUCCUUCUCCAUGUAAACUUCAACAGUUUCUACACAAGCUGUUGAGAUCCAGCCACAGAAUUCAAUAUAAUAUCUUCAAUACUAAAACAUUUUCUCCUUUCUCUCCUUAUUCUUGAUUGUUUUAAUUAUUAUCUUCUUUUUGAAAUCUUUUCUUUCUGGUCUUUGUUUGUUUAUUGUAAAUUACACCACUCUCUGGGACAGAGGGGCGGAUGGGAGGCUAUCCUUGAGUGUUUCACGUGUUUGACUCAUUUUCAUGUUUGCUCAAACAAUUUCAAGGAAAAAAAAUCAGACUUUGUUGUUGUUAAUAGCAUACUUCCUGCCCUUACCAUGUUGUGAAAUUUGACUAUGAACCUUUUUUUAAUUCUAGGAAUGUUCAAGUGAACAACUGUUGGUUUAUGUUUAAUCUCAAAGUAUUUAAACUCAUUUAAACUUAUAUAAAGUCUGUAUUGGUCAGUAAAAAUAAGUUUAUUUUUUGUUGACGGAAGUUUUGUGUCUAAACAGUCUGUUUUUGUUCAAGGCUUUGGUUGGAGAGAAGGCAUGCUACCAGUCGGUCUCAAGCUAUGCAGGGCAGAUCGUCUACUUGGGCACCAAGGUUGUCUCUCCCGUGUUUUUAUGUGUCAGAUUUGUCAUCUGCACACAAAACUGCCGUGUGUGUGUGUGUGUGUGUGUGUGUGUGUGUGUGUGUGUGUGUGUGUGUGUGUGUGUGUUGUUGGGGGGGGGGGGUAUCUGUGUCUAUUGAGACUUUUCUCUGACUUACAGGAUCAUGUCAGUAGAACAAUCUUUGAGGUUUAAUCAGCUUGAAAUUUACAAAGAUACUGAAGUUGGUUCAUAAAGGUGUGAAACAGAGAACCUGAUUUGAGGUCUGGCUGUGGCUUAAACUUGCUCGAAUCCUGGCCUGAACACAUUGAAAUGGUGGUUUUGGGGGAUAUUCACAGCAUCCUCUGGUUGCAGUUAUAGCUUUGUAGGGGGAGUUGCCUCCUUGUAAAGCCCAGGACAAAUUUCCCAACGGAAUAAUAAAGUCCAUCUUAAUAUAGUUUCAUUAAAUAAGCUCAGAAAAAUCUGAAUGUAAAGGUCUGACUUUAAAGUGAAAUCUUUGAGGCCACAGCAGAGGAUUUAAAGAAACUUGAACUUGAACUUGAGAAGUCUGCCAAAAAAUGGUAAAAUUUAGGAUUUAGUGGGCUCCUUCAUGGAAUCAUUUCUCUUAAGCAGUGAACCCAAUUCCUUUCUAAUUUAAUGUACAUUUGCAGGACACCUAAAAACUGAGAUGAUCUAAUUUUUGCACAAAACACAAAGGGCAUAGCUGUGGCACUUAGUCAAGUGUUGAUGUCUGAGACCCUUUAGCCUGUGCAGGGAGUGGCACUUGGAUUAAUAGGAGGUUAAAGUGGUCCAUCUCCAGCUUUGAUGAAGUGCUACAGUAGACAUUUAUGGGGAGGACUUGUUGCCUCAGGAGCAAAGCUAAAAGUCUUGCUUUAAAUUUAACAUACAGGGACAAAACUUGACAUGUUUGAUGGAAGUCUUCCUCUGAUUAAACUCUACAUGUGUUAUAGUUAUACAGCCACUUAUUGGUGAGUGACAUUAAGCACUAAUCCCUCCUGGUAACCACUGAAUGUAAUAUUUGUGUUAAAGUUAGAAAUAGCCUGGCAUGAGCUUCAUGAACUUUGUCUCUGAUUAAGCGUUUUCCUGUUUUUCAGUCAGCACACAUCAUGACUCUCAGAACCUGGAGAGAGGUAAGGGUGAUAAUUUAUACCCUACAAAAAAAGCACAACUGAGGAUUACAUUUUAAAACCACAGUACAUCUCACAGCAUAAUCAUGAGAGGAUCAUGUAAGCAGAUAUUACAGAGUAUGAAGCUGAUUCAGAUGAUUUAAAGGAGAACUGAUAAGUUUGCUGGCCAAGUACAAAAAAAGGUACAAUAGAGGAUUUCAGUGAAAGCUAAACCUGUGAAUAUGUCCUGUGUGUCUCUGUCUCUGUUCAGCGCAUAGACUGUCUGAUGAAACAGGAGCAUUUUGUCGAGGCUCUCUCUCUGGCCUGGUCCUUUCAUGAGGGAACAGCUAAGGCUGUGGUUGGUGGGUAGAGUACAUAUUGUACUUCUCUUCUUGCAUCCUUAGUUUUGUCUUCAUAUCUCCACUGUGUAUUUUUAUAUAUUUACGGAAGCACACACACACACACACAUAUAUAUAUGUAUUUAUACACACACACAAACACACGCACGCACACACACAUAUAUAUGUAUUUACACACACACAUAUAUAUAUAUGUAUUUAUACACACACACACACACACAAACACACGCACACACACAUAUAUAUGUAUUUACACACGCACGUGUGUGUAUAUAUAUAUAUAUAUACAUAUAUAUUUUUAUAUAUAUAUAUAUAUAUAUAUAUAUAAACAUACAUAUAUAUAUAAACAUACAUAUAUAUAUAUAUAUAUAUAUAUAUAUAUAUAUAUAUAUAUAUAUAUAUAUAUAUAUAUAUAUAUAUAUAUAAUAUUUCUUGACAUGGCACAUGGUCAAAACUUGUGUGUUAUGUAGAUGCCUAACCUAGACUCAGCAGACAGGCUUAUGACCUCACUGAUGUAUGUUUGUCCUAGGCCUAUUUGGAGAUCCAGUGAAGAGGAAGAGAGUGGUAGCUGAUACGGUAAAAACAAAAAACUUCUUCCUCAGCAUGAAAUCAGUCAACAUGAAACUGCACCCCAAACACUUGUGUAUUUAUUGUUUUGUUGUGUUGCUUUGUGUUGUGUGUCCUCAGAUGGUAGAGCUCGUUUUCCAGUUUGCAGAGCAUGUUUUAAAGAAGUGUCCAGAACAAGGGAAGAUCCAAGUAAUGGAGCAACAUUUUCAAGUAAGUGUUUUGUUGGAUGGGCCUGAACUAUUUUCUUCACUGCUUAACACUGCUCCCACUAAUACCAGCACUGCAACAUUUGUUCUAUAUGGGCUUACAGAAAACGUAUGUGCUGCUUAUAAAGGAAAUAUAAGUGUUCAGUCUGCCAGAGUAUCCACAUACAAACAUGUUAACAGUACAGUUUUGAAGGUCUUUGAAAAACAAGUGUGGCAAACCCAGUUCCCCAAAAGGAAAGAGACUAUGAUGGUUUGCAAAUAAUUUAUUUCCUACACUCAGUUGACAAAGUGCAAAGACUAUGGUGUUAAAUUUGUGAUUAAGGGCAAGCAUGUUCAAAUAUGCUAAUGAGUAGACAUUUGUGUGUCAAUUCAACAACCAAGCUGUUAAUUGGCAGCACUGCUCUGCUCCUGAGGCUGGGUUCUGCUCACCAGUCGACCUGCUUUUGACAGAAAACCUGAAUCUGUUCAUGAACACAGAAUAAAGAGGUAUUCACUAAGAAGAAGCACAGUGAAAUUACAAAACCUCUUUUCAAUGACUCAGUGGUGAACAACACUGAUGUUGAUGUUUCGCUUAACCCAAUUCAGCUGUGAAGGGAAAGUAAACAGUCAAAAUCUGGUUUUGAUGUAAACUCUAUAUCUCAGUCUAUAUCUUUUGAUAAAUAAUGCUAAAUCUACACACUGCACCUUUAAGCCAAAUAUAUUGAUUUGCAUACUGUCCACAGAUUUGUACAUGGCUUUGUUUUUGUAACCCAGUUACAUAUAUUUCACAUAUUUAUACAUACUUAGUCCGCAGGUAACAUGCAGACUAAGAAACUCUGACACAAAGCUACACAGAGAACAAAAACAAAUAAGAAUAAAUAAAACUGUUACUUGAGUGUCAAACACCCAUCAGCCUUUCUCUCUUUCCAGAUAUUAAUCGCUGCUCUGUCUUCUAAACAAUGUCCGUUUCUUGUCCCCCUAUCUGUCCCUCUUGCAGACUCAGACGAUGUAUCAGCUUUUCCACGAUCUAGAUUUCUUCUAUUAUUUCAAACCGUUCUUUUUUUAGUUGGUGGUUCCACCUUACCCCAUUUCCUUGUAGUAGCUUUUGUAACAGCUGACAACAAAAUUUUAACAAAACAUCUAUCCUCUGUUUGAACUUUUCCUUCAGGAGAAUUAAAGUUACAAAGACUGAGCACCAUCUAGUUCAGUGAUACAUCAUAUCCCAGUAUCACCUGUAAAGGUCCUAACACACCAGGCGCGAAUUCACCAGGCGAAUUAUUCGCCUUUUUUUAAAACAGCAUAAAGUCAAUGCAAGCUUCCACACCGGCGGCGAUUUUUCCACUGGGCGAAAAGCGUCUUUUAUUUUUUCGCUCUUGUGUUGAAUUUUUCGGAGAUUCGCAGGCGAAUAUCUGGACCUGCUAGACCUCUGGCCAAUCAAAAGUCAUGUUGUUGAUGACGUCACAGACCCAUGUGGCUGGAGUUCACACGACACACACCGUCACUGGCACCAAGAGCAACGAUGGGAGAGAGGCUGGUAAUUGUGGUACAGGACCACCCCGCGUUGUGGGACCACAGCGACUUCCAUGAUAAAAUUACUGUGAUGUCAUCAACAACAUGACUUUUGAUUGGCCAGAGGUCUAGCAGGUCCAGAUAUUCGCCUGCGACUCUUAGAAAAAUUCGACACAAGAGCGAAAAAAUAAAAGUCGCUUUUCUUCCCGCGGAAAAAUCGCCGCCGAUGUGGAAGCUUGCAUUGACUUUAUGCUGUUUUAAAAAAAGGCGAAUAAUUUGCCUGGCGAAUUCGCGCCUGGUGUGUAAGGACCUUGAGACAGGAAGUACCAACUUCCAGAACAUCUACACUUUUUUACUUUUCCAGAAUAUGUGAGAGUGAUUUGCAUCUUUUUCUCCACAUUCUCUCCAACAUUUGCAAUUCUUGUUAAAGAAUUAUUUUUAGGCUUGGGUGUAAUAAAACUGGAUCAAGUUUUUUCCAGGAGGACCCCCUCCAUGUCUGAGAAUUGGUGGAUGAUUGGUUCUUAUUUGAAGUCAGUGUUUUUUGUCAGUGGAGUCAGUCAUUAGUGUUGAUAGAGUUCUCACUUCCUGUGUUUCCUUUGUUUUUACUUUCUGUUCUUUCCAGCACCGCUGGAAAUCAUCAGGUCCUGCUCACUGAAUAAAUACCUGUGUUCUUGUGCACACCUCACAGUAAUGUGUUUACUACGUCUACGUGUUAUAAUGCCAUGAGAGAAGAAAAAGUAAAAGCAGCAGCAGGGACUAUUAAAUCAGUGAGGCUGAUGAUCACUGCUGUAGAUAGAGAGACUAACAUAUGCACAUUAGCUUACAUACUACCUGAACAUUGCAGACAAAUGCCUCCCAGACCACCUCCAUAUACACGGACUGAGGGAUCAGAUCCCAGUGAGCAACGCUGAUCACUUGAAAUAAGUCCCCUGACUGAGUCUGUGUGACUGUGCAGGAUCAUAAUGUGGUUUUCUGAUUUUUGAAGACCAUCCGAAGUCUUUAUUUCUAUCUCUCUUGUUAGGAUGUGAUCCCAGUCCUGGUGGAUUACUGCCUGCUGCUCCAGAGAGCGUAAGUGAACUCUCCACAGCACAUGUGCCCUGUUGGAUGUUUGUGUUUGAACCCGCAAUGUGAACCAGAACCGAGAAAAGCAGGGUUAUAGUUUUAGUUUUGGAAUUUUUGUUUUCUAUUUCUCUUCAGUUUUGAUUAGUUAAAGGGAAACCUUAGUAAAAAGGUCUGGACAUGCCCCUGCUUGUCAUCCUGCAGCUCACCCAGAGUGCUGAACAGGGUCCUGCUGAUGUGUUAGAGGAGAGAAAAGAGAGAUUUCACUUGCAGGGUAAAUAUUAAAGCUGUAAAACUUUAUGGGUGCUCUGGUCAUCUGUCACAUGGAUUAACCAUAUGUAAAAAGGGAAACUGGGUCAGUGUUUUCAGCAGGAAGUACCAAACUUAUGAAUAGCCAUAUAAGCACAUUUUUGAUCUGUUUAAACUCAGAGCAGACAUUUACGAUGCAUUUUGUAUUUUAACAGGUAACCUAAUUGGUCAAACAGGAUUUUGAAGUGGAUUUGUAGGGAAUCAUUUGUGUUGUGUUAGUCUGCAUAUCUAAGUACAAGUUGUAGUACAUAAGUUAUGGGAUGUAAAAUUGAAUCUUAAAAAGGUAUUUGUCAAGGACGUAAGUGUUGACAUGUUCUGUUGUAAUCGGUUCAGUAGAGUAUUUCCUUGUCUUUUUCUCUGUGUGUGCAGUGACCUGCUGUUUAACCAGCUGUAUUCUCAGCUGGCUGAAAACAUGGUUGCCAAGGGAAUUUUUCUCGAGUCACUGGAGUCAUACAUCGUUGCAGAUCGCCUGGGCCAUCUUACCACGCCCAUUAUGAGGGAUCUCUUGGCCCAUUACCACAGCACUGGUAAAAUGGAAAGCCUGGAGAGAUGCAUUGUUCAUCUAGACGUCACUAACCUGGAUAUACAGCAGGUGUGUAUGUUGAGGAAAAGAGUACUCUCUUCAGUAGUUUUUCAUGAUACCCAGAAUCCUCGCUGUUCUCAUUGUCACUUAAAGGCUUUUGUCUGUCUACACGUGUGUGUAUUUGAAGGUGGUUCAGGUUUGUUGGGAGAACCAACUCCAUGAUGCGAUGAUCUACGUUUUUAACAGUGGUAUGAAUGACUACAUUACACCCAUGGAGGUGAGUUCUUCCCCAAAUGUAGCUGAAAUUCUUGCAUCCCGGCAGACAAACUCCAAACUGCAUCCUUUAAUAAAUGCUGUAAAUGUAAAGUUACUAUGAAGACUUUGUAAGUGGUUGUGUAGCAGACUGAAAUGGACAGUGAUGCAUCUCUAUGAUGUUUAUGGCAAAUGAAACUGUCAGUGAUGAGAUUGAUGAUUUUUUUUGUGCCUGUUACUGCUGUGAGGGGGUAGAAUCAGUUCCUAGUUAGGCUGUUAGUGUUAAUCUGUUCAUUGCUGUUGGAUCAAUGUCAGGAACUGCUCCUUAACAGUGGGCUGUUUGCAUCGAACUCCAACCAUUCACACAUUUCCCUGCAACUGCUAUGAUAGAACAAUUGACACCAUCGCUGGGCAACUACAAAAAAAUGUGGCCAGAGCACUGAAGUGGAGGGUGUAAGCUGCUGCAGACCUGUAAAUCAACUACUGCAGGCCAGUCAGCCUCAGGUCUAAAGGAAAUGUAAAUGCAGACAAUAUAAUUGUCUCAUGGGCCUCAGAUUAGCAUUAAUAUACAAAAAAGAGCAUUGUAAAUGUGAUUGAUUUUGUGAUUUAUCCUGAGUGACAAUGAAAAUGUACUAAAUACUUUUUUUCUCUAUGUUAAUGUUUCAGAAACUAUUUGCAGUUAUCAGCCCCCCACUAAAGUCUGGGAGGAGCCUAACAGGUAAGGCCUGAAAGCUCAGACUCUAUCUUUAUAACACCUACUGUCUUUAAUAUGGUUAUUGUGCAGCCAGCAGGGCUGUCCCAGUACCAGAGUUAAUUGAUCUAUGUUUAUAAAGUGCUGGUGCAGAAAGUUGGUAGUUAUAAAAGGAAAAAUAAAUAUGAUUUCUUUCUUUAGAUUAUCAUUCACAGUGUGUAUCUAAAGCAAGUUUGCUCUCUGUAUGCUCUAUUUUUUAUGAAUAUAAUGUUUUUAUGGUUUUUAAUCUGUGACUCGUGGUGUGAGACUCCCUGUAAAAAGAAAAUUAAGGGACCGUCAUGACUCUGUCCUCUGCUUUCUGGAUGUCUGUAACAAUCAUAGAAGCAUCAAGUGUCUUCGUUAGUUGCUCAUCCUCAGCUGCAAUAAACCAAAUCCUGUACCAUCUAAACCAAAUCCUGCUACAAAGAAAUGUCGUUUUAUUUUUCAGUUUUGCGGUGUUGUUAAUUACAUUGGCACUCUCUUUCUUUACUUAGUCUCUAUGUCAGUUAACCACCACUGCUCGUCCCUCACUUUUAUCCACUUGCAGCAGCCUCUUAAUGAAAAUAUGAGUGUAUUGUUUUGUCAUAGGCUUUGGGGCUCUUUGAAUUUAUACAAUAUCCUUUUAAAAAUAUCACAGUGGCAUUGAGAAGUAUCAGACAUUUCUAAAAGCGUAAGAGAUUGUGUCCUUAAAGCCUCUAUUUUUCUUCUUGAACAGAUGAGGAGGUGGUGAUGGGGAACAAACUUCUGGUCUACAUAAGGCAAGUCAAAAAGAUAUGAGUUUAUACUUAAGGUUUCCAGGCCUCAAGGCUGCCACGGUCAUUGUCAAAAGUUUUCUCUCUGCCAUUUGUUACCAGACAUUCACAUAAAGGGUUCUUGGGCUGGCUGCCCAGAUUUAUUUACACCCUCUUAAGAAGAUUUGCUAGCCAUUUCUGCAUUUUCACCUCUUUACCCAUUUAAGAUCACCAUCUUUGUUCAAUAAAGAGUGUGCUUUCUCUGCACCACUGACAUAAACAUUUUUUUAAUCCACUGAUUAGUCUGAUCAAAGUAUUAUGAGCAAUACAAACCUGCAGCUCUUUGCAGUUUGCUAUGUCAAUAACCUUCUGGACACAAGACUCACUUUAUCAGAACCAUGAGUGCAACCCUUUGAAAGAGGAGUUGUGUUCUUAAGGGGACUUUGUAAAAAAAUUGGCUGAAUGGGAUUGUCUGAGGAGGAGACAAAUUGAAGCAAACAGAAAAAGAAUUAAGGGAUGAAGUGAGUGAGGCUGAACCUCAGCUGAUUUAUCAAAAAUCCCUUAUUUCAUGUCAAAGACAUUCUGGAUGAUUUAGUCUUAGUUUUCUGCUUUUUCACUUCUUGUACUUAUGGUUGCAAAUAAAAUAAAGUGUGUGUGUGUGUGUGUGUGUGUGUGUGUGUGUAGCUGCUGUCUUGCAGGGAGAGCGUAUCCACUCGGGGACAUCCUUGAAGACCUUGUGGUUCAGGUUAAGAACCAGGUAUGUAUGUAGAUUCUUCUUACCCAGACUUUUGAACUGAAAGCAGACACAGUCUUUUUAGUUUUUUUGUGUUCAGUAAGCAGCUUGCGUUUUAUUACAGUUUCUAUUUUUGUUAGAGAUUACAGCUGAUGUGCAGUAACAAGUGCCCCUUAUGUUCUUGUUCACUCCAAGACUGUUUGCUUUAAAGGUCUGUUUUUAAACCCCACUGUUAAUGCUCUGGGAACUAUCAAGUGUGAUAAUCAUUCAGUGCUACUGGCUGCAUUGGUGGAAUUAGGUGACACUCCUGUGGUGGUUUUGAUUGUUUUGAAUAUAACCUGAUAACAUCAGCCUUCCUCAAAAUAAAACUGCUGUAAAAAUAGAUCACAGAUGAAAAGGAGUUAAAGCCUGAGGGUGCGUCUGGGGGUGAUUGAUUGAAAAAUAUUUGGGAUAAAGAAAAGCAACAUAGCAGACACAGCGUGAGGAAAAAAGUAUUAAUUAAGAGGGACUGAAAUCACAGUCAACAUAAAACAGAGCUGUACGUUCUCUCAAGAAGUUGGCAUGUAUGUCAAUUCAAAAUCUGUCCAUCCAUUAAUUUUCUUCUGCUUAUAUGGAGCCAGGUUGCAGUGGCAGCAGGUGGUCUACUUUGCCCCAAAUGCCCCUCCCUUCAUUUUUCUGGCUCCUAAGAGAUUCCAAGGUAUUUCAUGGCCAGGUGAGAUAUAGUUAAUAAUCCCUAGAGUGUUUUCAGGAUCCACUGUAUGGCUGGAAAACCUGCAUGGAGGAGCGUCCAGGAGGCAUCCUGAUCAGAGGCCUGAAUCACCUCAACUUGCCCCGUAUAGGACAGGGUCAGCCGCCCUCCAAAAGCCCACCCCCCUGAGCCCAACCUUUUUUUUUUUUUUUUUUCAUGUGAUUUAUCGUCUUAAUUCAUCCUAAUUUCAUUAUUCAUGGGCUCUUAUGCAUCAAUUAAUAUCCUUAUUUAUUAAAGGUACAGGCUUCUUUGUUUGUGUCUUGAUCUAUUUUUAUCAUUGUUGGUAAACCAUAAUUUGGUUAAACAUUAUGAAAGGGAAAUCUUUCUCUUUGUAGUGAGUUAGCUUGGUUACAGUGACUAUUACAGAGAGCCAGUACUUUAGUGUGAGGUUGGUUCAUCAUAUUGUUUCCUUUUUGUGUUUUGCUGACAGGUCUUCGAGUUCCUCAUUCGUCUUCAUUCAGGUGACUCGUCAGAAGAGGAGGACGUUUUCCCAUUUAUUCGUUCACUUCUACACUUUGAUACCAGAGAGUUCCUCAAUGUUCUUGCCAUGGUAGGCUUUCUUUAAUUCUGUUUGUGGUCAGUGUAGUUUGAAUAUCGAGAGACAGCGCAUUAUUUCGAGUUACUCCUUUUUUACACCCCCUUCGAUUUGAGGUCUGUAGUUAUUGUACUUCAAAUCAUUGAUAUACCUCAAAGAAGUUUGUAAAGCCUAAUUCAAACUGGGUGUGUUAGUCUGAUUAGAGGUAGAUCUUCUUUGUCCUGUUUUCUCACUGUAAAGGUUGCUCUUGCAAAAACUGAAAUUAAACCUUAUUAAAACCACCGGCCUUGAUUAGGACAAUUCCUACUUGAGCUCGAAAGACUAUGGCGAAAUGAAAGCAUAUCCAGAAAAAGCUUUCCCUUUCCAGGUACUUUUAAAGAGUGUUUAGGGGCAUUUCUGGGUGAGUGGUCUAAGCACAUGUCCUAUAUACAGAGGUUGUGAUCCUUGUGUGGACAACCCAGGUUUGAUUCUAGGACCGGAACUGAUGAUGAAGAUCUUUGGAAAAGAGUAAUAUAUCAGAUAUCUACUGAAUCAAAUCACAAACUCACCUUAGAAUAUACAAAACCCAAUUCCAAUCAAGUUGGGAAGAUGUGUAAAUAAAAACAGAAUACAAUGAUUUGUAAAUCCUUUUCAACCCAUAUUCAGUUGAAUACACUACAAAGACAACAUAUUUGAUGUUCAAACUGAUAAACUUUAUUGUUUUUUUUUUGUGCAAAUAAUCAUUAACUUUAGAAUUUGAUGGCAGCAACAAGUGACAAAGAAGUUGGGAAAGGUGGCAAAAAUACUGAGAAAUUUGAGGAAUGCUCAUCAAACACCUAUUUGGAACAUCCCACAGGUGAGCAGGCGAAUUUGGAACAGGUGGUGGCAGCUUCCCCAAAAAUUUUCAGUCAUUCACAAGCAAGGAUGGGGCGAGGUUCACCACUUUGUGAACAACUGUGUGAGCAAACAGUUGAACAGUUUAAGAACAUUUCUCAAAGUACAAUUGCAAGGAAUUUAGGGAUUUCAACAUCUACAGUCCAUAAUAUCAUCAAAAGGUUGCAUGGAAGCGGCACAGAUAAAGACCAACAUUGAAUGCCCCUGAUCUUUGAUCCCUCAGGCCGCACUGUAUCAAAAACCAACAUUAAUGUGUAAAGGAUAUCACCACAUGGGCUCAGGCACACUGUCAGUAAAUAUAGUUCAUCGCUACAUCUGUAAGUGCAAGUUAAAACUCUACUAUGCAAAGUGAAAGCCAUUUAUCAACAACAUCCGGAAACGCCACCGGCUUCUCUGGGCCCGGGCUCAUCUAAGAUGGACUGAUGCAAAGUGGAAAAGUGUUCUGUGGUCUGACGAGUCCACAUUUCAAAUAGUUUUUUGAAAUAGUGGAUGUUGUGUCCUCUGGGCCAAAGAAGAAAAGAACCAUCUGGACUGUUAUCCACGCAAAGUUCAAAAGCCAGCAUCUGUGAUGGUAUGGGGGUGCAUUAGUGCCCAAGGCAUGGGUAACUUACACAUCUGUGAAGGCAACAUUAAUGCCGAAGGGUACAUACAGGUUUUGGAGCAACAUAUGCCGCCAUCCAAGCAACGUCUUUUUCAUGGACGCCCCUGCUUAUUUCAGCAAGACAAUGCCAAGCCACAUUCUGCACGUGUUACAACAGCGUGGCUUCGUAGUACAAGAGUGCGGGUACUCGACUGGCCUGCCUGCAGUCCAGACCUGGCUCCCAUUGAAAAUGUGUGGCACAUUGUGAUGCGUAAAAUACGACAAUGGAGACCCUGGACUGUUGAACAACUGAAGCUGUUCAUCAAGAAAGAAUGGGAAAGAAUUUCACCUUCAAAGCUUCAACAAUUAGUCUCCUCAGUUCCCAAACAUUUAUUGAAUGUUGUGAAAAGGAAAGGUGAUGUAGCACAGAGAUAAACAUGCCCCUGUCCCAACUACUUUGGCACAUGUUGCAGCCAUGAAAUUCUGAGUUAAUUAUUAUUUACAAAAAAAAAAAAAAAAGUUUAUGAGUUUGAGAAUUAAAUAUAUUGUCUUUGUAGUGUAUAUAAUUAAAUAAAGGUCGAAAAGGAUUUGCAAAUCAUUGUAUUCUGUUUUUAUUUACGUUUACCACAGUUUCCCAACUUGGAAUUGGGUUUUGUAUUAUGGGAACAUUGGCUUGUCUAAUAAGACAGCAUAUCCUUCUUUAAAGGUUUGACUUUGGCACAAAAGGAUCCGUUUUUGUUUUGGUGGAUGGAUUUUUUUUUUACUUUUGAAAAUUUUGAUGUCUCAUGAGAUUUGCUUUAAUUUAUUGAAUACCAUUUGACGAGUUCAUUCUUUGUUCUAGACGUUUGAAGACUUUAAAAAUGACAAGCAGGCUCUGGAGUAUCAACAGAGGAUAGUGGACAUCCUGCUUCAGGUACAAUCACACAGAAUUGUGCAGAGCUCUUUGUUUGGUUCACUUAGAUCACGGAGGCAUGGAGCAUAAGGGGAGGCUCAAUAAGUGGGUUCACACAAUCAAGUAGAACUAUAAUUAAAACCAAAUCAUAUUCUCUUGGUCAUGUCUCACUCUGUCUCAGCAUAUCAGGCAACGGUCACCUGAAACAUCUUACAGUAAUAAGGUCAUCUAAUGGAGCAGGAUCAUUUUUUAUAGAUACUACUUUUCAAGCCAUACUACCCUCCUACUGUAUGUGGACACCUGAACUGAUCUACAGUCUUUGGGUGACCUGAAGUCAUCCUGUCUUGUUAGACAGGAUGACAGCUUGAUUUUUUUCUUUUUCUUCUGUUUCUGUCUCUGUGUGAUUAUUACUCUGUCUGUCUGGUCGUGCAGGUGAUGGUGGACAACUCUGACUUCACUCCAUCCCAGGUGGGAGGACUCUUCACCUUUUUGGCUCGCCAGCUGGCCAAGCCAGACAAUACACUUUUUGUGAACCGGAAACUCUUUGAUCAGGUAGCUAAAAUCACAGUGUACUGUACUGGCACACAAAGACUAAUAAAUAAGGAGCAAAAUUGAUGCACAGAGACAAAAUCAAAAAACAUUACAGCAGUUUUCUGAUUUGUUUCUGGGAACUAAAAUGUCUUUUCUCCGCUUUGGGCCAUCUCUUUUAUUAAAAACAAACACAAAGAGCUAUUUUCGGGGCUUGCUGGUUGAGUCACACACAGACAAUCCCUUUGCUAUCACACUGAGUAAAGAGUUCUUUAUACAUAUAGUGUUUGAAUUAAGUCUAUGUUGGAUUAAUUACAGAAGUUUUUAUUGGAUCUACUAUCACCUUUUCAUUUUGUCGGCAGGAGGAUUAAGAUAAUUAGGAUUAGUAAGGUUGCUGUGUCAAAUCAACUCUAAAUAUAUAACUUCGUUGGACUAGUAUGGGGGAAAAAAACUCUACUCAUAAGUUCUCAUACUUAAAUAUUUCUGUAAAAAAUGUAUGAUUAUUUUGUUUUCAUUAGCUUCUGGACUCCAUGGACAUCGUGACUUAAAUAACCACCAAAAUAUAUCCAUUGAACAAAAAAAUGCUUUUCUUGACUCUGUGUUUUGGAACUUAAAAAAACACGAUUUUGAAGAACUUCACACAGAAAAUUAACAGGAUACAGAAUGUUUCACAACAAAAAAAAAAGGCUUUGACUCAAUCCUACUAGGUGGUCCACAGGAGCCAGGGUGCAUGAAAUCCUUUUCUACCUGCAGCAAGAACACAAAUGGUUUCAUUUAUGAAACAUUAGUCAAUUUGUGUGAAGAUUUACAUAUGAAUUUACUCUGUGCUACAGUGUUACUCCUAAUUUUAUGACUGUGGCGGAAAACCUGGAUUGAUUUUAAGUACUGUGUGUGUGUGUAAGUUUAUGAAUACCAUUGAUUAAGUGACAGCACCAUGCGAUCAACAUAAAACUUCACCCAUGAACAGCUGACGAACACCAUAAGAAAAAAUGAUUACGUGCGAAUCUGUGAGUAUAGGUGCAGUAUAGGUGAGUAUAAUAUCUGUGCACAUGAACUGCUAUGUGCCCCGCGAGGCCAUAGAGCCACAGUGAUGACCUUAUCAUUGUGGGUACAAAAGAUCCUCUGAAUCUUUCUGUCCUGCUUUAUAUGGAUCAAUAAAGUUCUUGUUUUGUAUAUUGAGUUUUUUGCAAUUAGCAGCUUUGUUGUAGACAUGCUAAUGAUUACCAUCCUUCAGUCCAUACUUUCUAAACAGUCUGUUACUUCAGCAGGUGUUAGUGUGUUAGCUUCCUGUCAGAAGGUUGAAAAAAUGAUGGAGUAAAAGUUCUGCAAUGAAAACAUUUUAGGAAUAAUAUUAUGAUAGAAGCAUCAAGCUUCACCUCUAUGGUGAGAAGCAGAGACAAGUUUACUUCUGCAUCACAAGGAUGAGACCCCAACGAGCAUACAGCCCUGCUCCUGGUGCAGGCUCUUGUAAUAUCACUGUCUAACCCCCACCCGUUAUUGGUAAGCCUGCCUCCUUGCAUAUCCAAACCUCUGCAGAUGAUACAGCAGCACAUCGGUUAGUUGGCCAACCCAAAGCGGCACUCCACAGUUCAUUUUACUGCUUUCUUCAGCCCCCUAACAUGGAACUUUUUGCAUUAUUGAUUUGCACUGCCAACUGAUAUUAUGCAACUGAUAUUAUGUCUUUGCUCCUUCUCUCCAGGUUCUGGACUUUUUGUGUUGUCCAGAUGAUGACUCUCGGCAUGCUGAAAGGCAGCAGGUUGGGUUUACAUGAUAUUUAUAAGUUUACUAGGGGUGUAAAGGCACAUAUAUUUGUACUGAACUGUUUGAGGUACUUGUGGCUCAGUGGAGAUGCGUACCAAUCCAGGAAUAUGUGUAAUUCAAGUUCCAGACGCCCAAGUGGAUGAAAUAUUAGGAGGUGCUUGUGUCAUCUCCCGAUCGUGAUCCUUCUUUUUUUAUCUUUUCAUCUUUUUUAUUUAAACUGCAACAAAAAAGAAAUUUGAGUAAGCUGACAAGUCUGAACUGUUAAUGCAGCACUUUAGAUACUGUGUCUUAAAGUUCUAAUAAAGGACAAGAAAUUUUACUUGCUGCAUUUGUUUCCACUAAAGUACCAAAAAUGUUCCAAACUGAAGCUUUAACCAUGAAAACGGUCUUAAAUUAAAUGUUUUUUGUGCCAUUACACCCCUGUUGUUUAUAGUAUACAGUACGCAGUAUGCAGCCUUUGAUUUGCCAUAUGAUGGUAUCACGUCAUCUUUGAUGUAGGUUCUCCUGGAGCUGCUACAUGUUGGGGGUGUCGUCCAGUAUAAUGAGGAGAGACUGUUGGCUUUGGCAGAGACGGCCAAAUUGUGAGUAGCUGAAGUCUUGAACAAAAAGAUACCUGUAUCUAAUUAUUAUAUCUCUUUUAACAGUAACUUUGAGCUUGUUUUGUUACUUGGUAGGAUUUUUAAAUGCAUGCUGACUCUCAUCAAAACCUCCUUUCAGCACUUCUCAGCCUCUGCCUGAAGUGCCUCAGUUUUGGCUGUUUUAGUUAAAGCUAGCUGAGUUUACAGAGUUGCACAUUUUUCCCAUCCAAAAAUGACGGCAUCAUAAAAACUGAACAGUCUGGGAACAAAGAUGGCGGCGUAGCGAGUGGUUGACUUUCUCUGCGCUCCGCACCAGCACUUUAAUAUUUCUGCAAAAACUCCGCCCGACCCAAUUUUCCAACAAACGCCGCUUCGUGAAGGUCAAUAUGAAUAUUGACGAGUAUUUUUUGAGAUCCCGGGAUAAGAUUGCGUCGAAACAAGACCACAACUCUGCUGAGGCUAGCUAGUUGGGUGCGACUGCUAGCAUGACCGACAAGCUAUUCAAGAAAUUACGGCGAAUAUAACCAAGGUGAUUGAUGAAAGACUUGGCCCGCUGUCUCAAACGGUGCAGGCCCACGCCCAACAGCUGAAAAAGAUCGAGGAGAGAACCACCGAGGCGGAGGGCAGGAUCGCCGCGGCUGAACACACCUAUGAGGCGGUGGACUCGCGGGUCCAGGUGCUUGAAAAACAAAUACGAAGCAUGGCCGAACAGAUCGACGAUCUCGAGAAUAGAGGCAGGAGAAAGAAUGUCCGGGUGGUUGGCUUACCAGAAGACACCGAGGGGAACGACCCGACAAAGUUUUUCCAGAGCUGGAUUCCAGACCUCCUCGGGAUGGAGACGAAAGCUGGCCGCAUCAAAAUUGAAAGAGCUCACCGCACCCGGGCGUCCAAGCCCGGACCGAACCAGCGACCACGACCCGUCCUGAUCAGGUUUCACAACUUCGCUGACAAGCAGAGGGUGUAAGAUGCUGCACGGCGUCGUGGGACGGUGAAGCACGGGGACUCCACCAUCAUGUUCUUCAAGGAUCUGUCAGCUGCGGUGCUGCGCAAACGGAAGGGCUUUGACGAGGUGAAGAAACGCCUGUGCGACAUUGGAGUCAAGUACAUGAUGCUCUACCCGGCUACACUCAAGAUAAUCCGAGGUAAGGACGCCAGAAGCUUUGACUCUCCGGCUACAGCGGCGGCGUUUGUUGACACUCUCAGCUGAUCUACACGUGGAUCAUCAGCUGAUCACCAGCUGACGUUUGUUUACAUUUGGAUGAGAGUUCGGACAUUUAAAUGGGCAAAACUAUUCGAGUUAGUCUCUUUUUUCGGUCAGCCCAAUGUUAUCUAAGGGUGGACAAUACUACUGUGUGGUGUGGGCGGGGCUCGGAGUUGUAAAAGUUAACCGAGUUAGAGGUGGGUAGAAAAGAAGGUUUUGGCGAUCCCCUGAUUUCUGCUUGGGGAAGGUUCCUCCUACAGUACCGUUGGUACGCCUGUUAUCUGUUAUUUGUCCUUUUUUGUUUUGUUUUUUUUGUACUAUGUGUACUCGAUGUUGUGUGUUUUUUGUUCUUCAGCUGGGUUGCAGUCAGGUGCAGGAUCUAUGUGGAAAUGGUAAUAUGCUUGGAAGCUCAAAAAUAUUUAGUACAGAAAAAUCAUGACCUGUGACACAUUGAGGUUGUGCACUUGGAAUAUUAAGGGGAGUCACUCGCCCAUCAAAAGGACAAAGGUAUUAUCAUCCUUGAAGAAGGAAAAGGUGGAUAUUGCUAUGCUGCAAGAAAUGCACUUAAAUGAUGAGGAGCAUGUGAAGUUGCAACAAUGUGGCUUUGAUCAGGUCUACUUCUCAUCUUUUACCACCAACAGCAGAGGGGUAGCAAUACUCAUCAGGAAGAACUUACCUAUUAAGGUGUCAAAAUGUAUUAAGGAUAAAUAUGGUCGGUUUGUACUUAUUUUGGCCUCCCUUAAUGGGGAGGACCUUGCCCUUUUAAAUGUUUACUGCCCUCCAUGUCACCCACCUAACUUUCUAACGGAAGUUGUCGCCAAAUUGUCUGAUCUUGCGGUGGACAACACUAUUAUAGGAGGUGAUUUUAAUUGUCUUCUGAACCCACUGAUGGACAGGUUUCCUUUAGGCGCUUUAGCUCAAUCAAAACACUCAAAACACGUCUCUGGCCUCUGUGAUGACUUUGGAUAUGUGGAUGUUUAUAGGACACUUCACCCUGCUGAUAAAGAAUUCACUUUUUUUUCAAAUCCCCACAAAUGUUACACAAGAAUAGACUACUUCUUUACCCCAAAACAGUUUAUAGAAUCUGUAGACACCUGUUCUGUUGGUAAUAUCAUAAUAUCAAACCAUGCAGCAGUCUAUAUGGACGUUACAAUAAAGAAACUCCCUAAGAAACUCGCUGGCUGGAGAAUGGAUGCCUCAAUAAUAAAAGAUCACAGAUUCAUAUCGUACUUCUCAACAGAAUUCAGGCAUUUUCUUGCCACCAACUCUCCCUCAGCCACCGACUCGUCCAUCCUUUGGGAGACCUCCAAAGCUUACGCCAGGGGACUGAUCAUUUCUUAUACUGCUUCCAAAAGACGUAAAGUUGCGGAGCAACAAGUUUUAUUACAAAAAAGGUUGGAUGUGUCUGAGAAGGAAUAUAUUAAGAAACCUACAACAUCUAAACUAAAGGAGAUCACUGCAAUUCGCUCCACAUUAGACUCAUUGCUAACAAAAAAAAGCAGGGGAAAAAUUAGGAUAUGCAAAACAAAGGCUAUUUGAAUACGGAGAUAAACCAGGGAAAUAUUUAGCCAACUUGACAAAAAAGCGCAGGGCUUCUCAAAUUAUUGAGUCUGUUUCAGAUGAGUCAGGGACCUGUUCCACUGAUUCAAAGAUAAUUAACGACACUUUUAGAAAUUUCUACGCCAAAUUAUAUCAAUCAAAUCAAACUAACAAUUCUGAAACUCUGAUUGAAGCUUUCUUCUCUGAACUUGACCUCCCAACUAUAUCACAAGACCAGAAAACUAAAUUGAAUGCCCCAAUCUCAGCGGCUAAACUGCGUGAGGCCAUCCGACUCCUCCGUUCAGGCAAAGCUCCAGGCAGUGAUGGUCUUGGUAGCGAAUUCUAUGAGGAAUUUCAAGAUAUUUUAUUAGAGCCUAUGAUGGAUAUGUUUAAUCACACUUUUGAAUCUGGCACUCUACCACCAUCGCUAAGGGAAGCUAAUAUUUCACUGAUUCUCAAAAAGGGGAAGUGCUCUGAGAACUGUGCCUCAUACAGGCCGAUCUCGCUCUUGAAUGUUGAUUUGAAAAUUCUCUCUAAAGUUUUGACGAGACGAUUGGAAGGCCUUCUACCUACUAUAGUGAAGGAAGACCAAACUGGCUUCAUUAAGGGCCGCAAUUCCUACAACAACAUUAGGAGAUUACUAAAUGUCAUCCAACUGUCCGAACAGUCAAGAAUAGAUGGUAUGGUUAUCUCCCUAGAUGCCGAAAAGGCUUUCGACUGCGUUGAAUGGCCUUAUUUAUUUUAUACACUUGAUCGGUUUGGCCUUGGGGAUAACUUCGUUAAAUGGGUGAAAAUCCUUUACACAGAACCAAUGGCUGCAGUUCUAACAAAUGGACUCAGAUCCUCGAACUUUGUGGUACAGAGGGGUAGCAGACAGGGCUGCCCUCUGUCGCCACUUUUAUUUGCAGUGGCCAUUGAGCCCUUAGCGAAAGCUAUCAGACGUGACCCUUUAGUGGCUGGAUUAGAUUUGGGGGGAAAAUCUCAUAAAAUCUCAUUGUACGCUGACGACGUGUUGUUAUUUAUGCUAAACCCCUCUAUAUCAGUCCCCCGUCUUAUUCAGAAUAUUGAUCAAUAUGCCGCCUUUUCUGGAUAUAAGGUUAAUUUUUCCAAAUCAGAAGCAAUGCCUCUAGGUAAUUCUAAGCAUCUACCAGAUAAUCCUGAUCCCUUCCCGUUCAAGUGGUCCUCUACUGGCUUCAUAUACUUAGGCAUACAUAUAACACCUAUAUUCAAUCAGUUGUUCCAAGCUAACUUUAGCCCAUUAUUUGAUAGAAUAAAACAUGAUUUGGAGAGAUGGGUUGAUCUGCCUAUAUCCUGGCUGGGCAGAAUUUCGCUUUUGAAGAUGAAUAUUCUUCCGCGCCUGCUUUACCCAAUACAAAUGAUCCCCGUCUUGUUCAGUCAAAAAAUUGUGAAAAAACUGAAUGGUUGGUUCAGCUCAUUUAUCUGGAGUAGACGCAGACCACGUGUCAGGUUUUCAGUGUUGCAAUCGCCCAGUGCUAAGGGUGGGCUGGACCUCCCCGACAUUAGGAAGUACCAACUGAGUGCCCACUAAAGAUAUGUAGCUGAUUGGAUCAAAGACGAUGCUUCCUCAAUCUGGCUUGAUAUUGAGAAGUCUCUGUCCACUUGCCCUCUUAAAAAUCUACUCUUUAUAGGUGAAUUGAAAUGUGUUAAAAAGCUUUGCAAUAAUCCGAUUACAAUCAAUACUAUUAGAGCAUGGAAGAUCACACAACAAAUGGAAGGCAGAGCAGGGUUUACGUCAAUCCUCACCCCCAUUACUGACAACCCUGAUUUUCUCCCAGGGACCUUUGACGGGGCUUUCAAAUGCUGGAAUGCUAAGGGAAUCAUCUCCCUGGGUGAUCUUUUUAUCGGUCCUACCCUCAUGUCUUUUAGCCAGGUUGUGGGGAAGUAUAAAAUAUCAAGAAAUGAUCUUUUCCGUUAUUUUCAGAUCAGGGAUUAUAUUUUAAAAAGUACGUCUUUGCCUGCCGAUAUGAGUAUCACACAGAUAGAGAAGCAACUAUUUCUCUCUCAGGGCAAGACUGCCAUUAGAACCUUUUACGCCAGUCUGGGAGAUAGCUCGAGUAUCGGCACUCGGACGCUGGAAGGGGUCUGGGAGAGGGAGUUGGGUGUUGAGAUAACGGAGAGAAUGUGGGUCAAUAUUUGGGACAACGCAAAGAAAAUAUCUGUCUGUAACCGGACAAGGGCUAUGCAAUUAAAGGUUCUGCAUAGAGCACAUGUUGCCCCCAACCGUCUCUCCAAAUAUAGGAAAGAUGUCUCUCCCAUCUGUCUUAAGUGUAAGACGGGAACUGGUGAUCUUACUCACUGUUACUGGUCUUGUUAAAAUCCAAAAAUACUGGAAUGACAUUUUAUCUGAAAUGGAGAAAGUACUGAAGACGACGCUGGAUUUUGAUCCGGUUUCACUUCUUCUGGGUCUCUCAAGUGACCGGGUUGCUGACAUGUAUCAGAAAAAAUUGUAUAAUCUCACAUUCUGUGCCCGGAAAAAUAUUCUGAUUCAUUGGAUCUCAGACAAGGCCCCAUCACUGUCAGGCUGGCACAGGACAAUAAUGGAAUACAUACCUCUGGACUAUCUCACCUGUCUUCUGCAUUCCAGGACUGAUGUCUUUGAGAGAACGUGGAAACCAUUCCUGGACUAUGUUAAUGUAAACGUUUCUGCUAUACUCACGAGGGCAUUUGUAUGAUUCUGCAUCUAUCUUCUCUUCCCCCUUGAUGAAGCCUCCACUGUGUUACACAUUGUGUAAUGUGCCUGUUUUAUGUAUUCCAGAACUAAUUCGUUUUGGUUCUUGAGAUAUUAUUCCCAGCUUGUGUUGUUGUUGUAGUUGUAGUUGUUGUUGUUGUUGUCAUCGUCGUGUAGUGCUGCUGUGAUGUCUGGUCCUGUCUUUUGUAUGUUUAUCAAUAAAAAAAAUUUGAAAAAAAAAACAAAAAAAAAACUGAACAGUCACUGGUUAGUGUUUACCAUAAAUUCUGUUGUAAUAUUUAGAAUAAUGCAGUUUUACAGAGCUUCUGACACAAAUAUCAGUCAUGUACGAGAUCCAGAGAAUAAUACAAUGCAUUUUCUGUCACAUGGCCUCAUUUAAAGUGCAUCUAAAAGAUGUUGAUGAUUCAAAUAACUGAGAUUGUAAUCUGUGACUAAUUCAUGACUUUCUUCUAUUUUGAUUUUUUUAAACCCAAAUAUUAACCCUUUACUUUACUUUAGUUUGAUAAUUACAGAUGGUUCAACACAAACCCAUAAGUUGCUGUAUCUGACUGAGCCGGAUUUUUUCUGUCUACAUUUAUUUGAGAAUAGUUUAAUUUUAAUUUAGCAGUUGUCUGUUAACUUGUUUGUUAUUAUCAUUGUUGAACUGUUAUACUUUAUCAGAGAAUUAAAACCUGCUCUUUCAUAGUUGGCACCACUGAAAAACAGACAUCAACCACUGGUUCCUUGUGUUGAUUUUCACUUAUUUUGAUAUACUAAAGGAUUUCUGUGAGAGUCUGUGGGACACCGACAAAACGAGUGAUGGAAAUAGAUAAUGACAGUAGUUUAUGUAUGCUUUCAUGAUUCCCUGUCUUUCCCUAUCUUGUCCUUCAGCUAUCAAAUCUGUGAAUUCCUAUACGAGAAGAACAAUAUGUACGACAAGAUCAUUGACUGCUACCUAAGAGACCCCCUCCGAAAGGUAUCUGGGAUUUCAGUUUUUUUUUUUUUAAAUAACAAAUAUAUUUUUGGAAAUAUUUAAUUCUUCAAGAUCAGGGAUGUAUGAUUGAAGUGUUGCCUUUAUUCUUUUGAGCAGUGUAGUUUGACCCAUAGAUAAAUAAGAACUCUAGCCCACUUAUCAGUCCUAAUGUUUCCAAUUGGUUUGUUUGCAUCUUAGGGGGAGAUCUUUGGCUACAUCCACAACCUGCUAUGCAUGCCAGGCUACAGCCUUGAGGAGAAACAAACUGUCUUGGCCAAAGUAUUGCAACACAUACAGGUCAGUACAUACACGGACAGCCAUACUACAUUUUUGUAAAUUUGUCAGACAAGCCAAGAGGCUGGUAUGGAGGGAGUUCUUGUCCUCACCAUCCUUGAGAUCCUAAGAAUUUCAAGACUGGAUAAAAUUUGGAGUUGAGUGUGCAGGUGACAAAUACAACUCAUCUAUCCUUCCACUGGGUCUCUUAAUUUACAGAGGGAACCUUCCAAAAAGGAUCAAAGGAGUUCUAUCUAAUCUGAUCGAAUCAAAUCUUGAGAGCUGUAUCAGGAGAAUCCUGAGCAAGCUUCACUUUACAUUGAAGAUGUUUGUUAUGUAAUGUGUUAAACUUGAACCUUAAAUACAUAAAAAACAAAAAAAAACAAAACAAAAAAAAAAACGUGUCUGGAUCAGUCCUCAGGACAUUGAGGUAAUCUUUUAUUGUAGUUCCUUAUAUGUUUUAUAGAUUUAAGGACACAGGUAAAACAAAGCAGAAGAUUUGAUUUAAUAACAUUUGUCUCACAGGAGUUGAUCGCCCUUGAUGCCAGCAAUUCAGCUGACCUGGUGUUGUUUCACUUCACUGAAGAAGCACAGCAAAUCAUCUCAGAGCUUCAGGUAAGGAGAAAAUAUGAUAAUUAUGUCUUUUUGAAUUAUAACUUUAACUUAAAAUUAAUCGUAUUAUUCAGUGACAUAAUAUCUGCUCUGUAGCUGAGCAGAUAAGGAAAUAAUCGUUCACUUUGUUAUAGAAGCAUGAAAUUUGGUACAUAUACUCUUCAAACCCCACUCUUUUCAAAAAUAAUGUUAGCCACGCAAAAUUCCAAGAUGGCGGCCUCAAAAUCCAAGAUGUCCGCCCAAAAAUGUGGUUUUUCCUUUAUAACUCAAAAUGCCUUGAUUUUACGCCCCAUAAAUAUAUUGAAGUUGAAUAUAAAGUUGGGCAUUGCGGACAUUUUGGUUCUAGUACAUCUCUGUAUCUAUUAAGGUUCUUGAGAUACAGCAUAUAGAUACUAUUGUUGUUACGUGCGUAUGGUUAUAUGAAAAUAUCAUUUUCAUUAUCUGUUAUUUUCAUUAGGGUUAUAACAUGAAAUUUGAAAACCAAGAUGGUGUCCAAGAUGGCUGCCAUUGCCUUGAAGUAAUCCGAUCUUCGUGACUAUGAAACAAUUACUUUUGGCGUGCACAUAUUUUUGGUCUAUGCAUCCAAUGGGGCCAUUGCAGUACAGAAUUUAGAUUUUAGUAUGGGAGGUGGAUGGGGUGGUUGUUGGACAUUUCGAAGACAUUUGUUUCGCUUAAAGGGCAAAUACUCUCUGGCUACUUGCGGGGGAGGCCACGUGGAGGCUGUCUUCUUCUCCCCCUUUUUUUUUGUGCUUUUUUUCUAUUUUUUUCUAUUUUUUUAUUUUUAUUUAUUUAUUUUUUUGCUUUUUUAAAUAAAAUCUCUUCUAUCACUUAGGUUUCAACCAUAUACUAAACUAUUGGAUACCGUGCAAACCGACCACUAGGGGAUGCACUCAACUCGUUUGCAGUGUUUUUUGAAAACCUUAUACCCAUACCUAACACUAUACUAAAAUUCAGAAGUUGUUACACCUCACAGUUGCAACUGCACAGAGCUGUACACAUGAGACCCGAUUUGUAGCACUUGCACCUGCCACAACAGCCAGAUUUACAGCCACAUUUGGUGAGCUGUUCACAUGACUUGGCUAUUGGAGAGUUGGCUGUCCAGAAGACCUGCCAUUCCUCACCAACCUUUUUCCAUCCCCAGUCUGCAGGGUCCUCUGCUUCUGGCUGACACUGGGUUGCCUGGGCCCACACACAACCAGCCUGAUAGGCAGCACGCCUGGUGUGUUGCAGUAGAGCUGCUCUGGUUGGUGGGAUAGACUCAUAGGGCCUCUGCUUUCUGGCAAACAAGUCAAGCCUGGCCUCAUCCACAGUAGUAGCUGUGCUGGAUCUGUCAUACAUGAGAAUGACAAACUUCUCAAGCACCUCUAUGUCACAGUCCUCUACUGUGGGAGGGUAAAUACCCAGUUUGGCAAAUACAGGCAAGGCUUCUGGACAUAUGUCCCAUGUCUGCCAAGCUGUUUUCUUGCCUUUGUUGCGGAAGGCAGACACGGUGUCACAUCCUGUAAAGGCAUGAAAGAAGAGCAUGCCUUUGACCUUUUCCUGGCCAACAUGCUGAAAUAUGUCAUGGACACUGAUCCAGCGCAGAGUCUGACCUUGCCCAAAUGCAAGCCACAUAUGCUGUAAGCCAGCCUCUUGGAGACUGCCAAAUACACUUAGUGCUAAGAUCAGAACAUCUGUGUCAUUUGCCUUGAUCAUGAGGGAUUGGCUACCAUGGUCAGUAGCAUGUUUUGCGUGCACAAAGAUGCGGCUGUCCGCUUCCUCAUGAGAGCACUUAUCCAGUCCAUCAAGACAAGUUGCAUGAGUGCUGAGGACAGCAGGUCCCUUUGUGACGAUGAUGGUAUUUGGGGCAAACAUUUGUGCAACCUUGUCGGCAAGAAAGUGGUACAACUCUGUUUUGUUGUCAUUUUGCCUCAGGAAGUUAUGCCAGUUAGAUGGCAUGGUGUUCUUAUUUGAUACCUUGCGUCUUCCCCCCUGGCCACGUUUGGACCUGGUCUCAGCUUUAAGGCUUGAUGUAUUGUACACAUCAAAGACUAGAUGUGUCAUUGUGUACUUGUUGGAGUACAUGUAGAUCACAGGUAGGAAGUCGAGAGCUGCAUAGUCCUCAAAAGUCCUGGAUCUUUUUGGUGGCAGGGCGUGGACCAAAGCUGACCCAUCUACAAUGAGAACGUCUGCCUCAGGUUCCUUGUUUACUGGUGGGACAUAGUUCUCAAGGAUAGAGGUCAGCUGACACUUCUGGCAAGUGUUCAAUUUUCCACCCUUGCCCAAUGCAACAGGGAAGGACUGGUUCUCAUGCUGAAAGAACUCCUGGAGGUCACACUCUCGGCUCUGACAAGAGAUGAAAAGCUUUGAGAACAGCUGACAGUCCUCCUUGAGAAGUUUCUGCUUUGAGGGUUCAGCAGAAGAAGAGUCCUGUCUGAAGAAAUCAGACUUGUUCUUCUUGAUUGGCUCAUAGAAAAAGGACGGAUUGUUUUCCAGGGCCUGUGAAAACUCCAGAAAUUUUGCCUGACCUCUCUGCAAGUGAGACUGCAGAAGUUCUGCAGAGUCAGGGUGAGCAAUAUCUUUGGUGUCAAGCGAAUACAGGUCUUUACUGUCUUCCUGGAAUGGGUUGCCGAGGUCUUUUAGAGUUUGGGACAAUUUAUCAACCCUCCUCUUGAAGGUUUUCUGUGCCUGUGAAGUUUGCUCAUGGUGGCUUCUGUGCUCACUGGGCUCGCCUCGCUAUAUGUGCACGCCAAAAGUAAUUGUUUCAUAGUCACAAAGAUCGGAUUACUUCAAGGCAAUGGCAGCCAUCUUGGACACCAUCUUGGUUUUCAAAUUUCAUGUUAUAACCCUAAUGAAAAUAACAGAUAAUGAAAAUGAUAUUUUCAUAUAACCAUAUGCACGUAACAACAAUCGGUGUUACAAAUUUCUUACUCUCCCAAUUUUGUACAAGUAUCUAUAUGCUGUAUCUCAAGAACCGUAAAAGAUACAGAGAUGUAUUAGGUACCAAAAUGUCCGCAAUGCCCAACUUCAAUAUAUUUAUGGGGCUUAAAAUCAAGGCAUUUUGAGUUAUAAAGGAAAAACCACAUUUUUGGGUGGACAUCUCGGAUUUUGAGGCCGCCAUCUUGGAAUUUUGCGUGGCUAACAUUAUUUUUGAAAAGAGUGGGGUUUGAAGAGUAUAUGUACCAAAUUUCAUGCUUCUAUAACAAAGUGAACGAUUCGGGCUAUAUUGUGCAUUUGUCUGCUCCACUACUGAAACUGCAGUAUUUUUAUUUGCACUCAUAUAACUGUUGAUUUUUGUCUUUGAAACAAGAGUGUAGAUAAAAAUGGUAGCUUCAUAGUGCAGAGAGGGAGUCAUAUAAUACUUUCAGAGGUUGGUGCGCCUUACAUUGGUGGAAGUAUCAGCAAGCAAUGCAAUAGGACACAGCAUGCCCUUCCGUUAAGAGCAUGAUGGAGGGCCUGAAAAUAUAUUUACCCUGACAUGAUUUCUGACAAAAAAUUUAAUUUAAAAAAGCUUAAAAAUAUAUUUUCUAUUUCAUCCCUUCUGACCGCUAGAGGCGGUGCUUUAAGCACUGAAUGAUUCCUUUCGUGCAUACGCAGUUCGAGCAUUUGUACCAAAAUAGUCACGCGUGACCCCGGGAUGAACCGGAGGAGGUUAUUUCUUCCACCGGUCACCGAGGGCUCAGUCCCUUUUUCUUUCUCACGCGCAGGUUGCAAACUUGCGAGGAGCGGCAUUUUUCUAACAAAUAAACCUUUAUCUGUGUGUGAAGUCGCUGGUAGUCCCGUGGCCGUAGGUCGGGGUAGCGAAAAUUGCCCUCCAGGGACUGUGACUUCCUUUGAGUUGUUCUUUAUCUCUACUGUUUAUCUACGACUGAGCGGAGCCUCACCAACUUCGUCGGAUGCUGUGGCGUUCGCCCGGUAAGGAAGGGUCGUCGUCCCCCUCUCCUCCGGACAAGGUAGGUUGCUGUUGUACUAAGCUUGUUGAGUGGACUUGAAUUGUUUUACAAGUCACAACCCAUGCUGGUAGAGGCCGUGUGCGCACCGCCUCCCCCCUGCAUACGGCUGCGUACCGUGAGCAUUAGCGUAACACUUCGGUUACUUGCUGUAAGGUCUGCUCGUUUCAUUCUUUUUGUUGUCAAAAAAAAACCAAGGCCAAAGCUAGUUCUCCUCGUGCCGGUACGCGUUGUCGCCAUCCGGCCUCAGCCGACGCUAUCGUUGGUUGUAGUCGGCCUCAGUAGCUGUCUUUUGUUUGUUCAGUGGCUAUCGGUUCCAGUUGCAUUAGCGCUCUGGGUACCAGACGUGUCCUUUUGAAUAGCUCUGUAUUUGUUUGGUGUCAGCCAUUAUUAUAACCAGUUGCGUUAGCGCCCUGGUCACUUUGAGUGCUCUUGUGCUGGAUAGCAGUAUUUUGUUGGCAUUGGCCAUUAUAACCAGUUGCGUUAGCGCCCUGGUCACUUUGAGUGCUCUUUUGCUGGAUAGCAUUAUUUUGUUGGCAUUGGCCAUUAUAACCAGUUGCGUUAGCACCCUGGUCACUUUGAGUGCUUUUUUGUUUGCUGAAUAGCCUUAUUUAUUUAUCUAUUUUUUUAUUUGGCUAAUUUUGUUGGCCGUGGGCCAUUACUGUCAGCUUAGUUGCAACUCCCUACUGGUAUAGGCAGCGUGAGCACUCCCUCCCCCCAGUAUAAGCAACCUUCCAUCCAGCUAAAGCUAGCCUCCGCUGGUGCAGGCAGCGUUUGCGCUCCCUCCCCCCAGCUCACGGCGUCUUUUGCCCAGCAACCAGUAGCGUCAGCGCCCUGGCCUAGUUGGGACUGCUCGGUGUGAUGGAUAGCGCCCACCACUGUGCUUCAUGUCAGGUUGGCCUGCAGCCAGACGACGGACAUGACCUCUGCCCAGCUUGCCUUGGACCCGAACAUCUUAGGGAGGCACUUGAGGGGGACCCCUGCAUGAACUGCAGCUACAUGCCUCGGGUGGCAAGGCUGGCCAGGCUGGCUGAGGUAGAGCCGCCACAGGGUGGAGACGGCCUUCCCCCCAUCGGGCCAAGCAUCCACGCCCAAGACCAGGCGCUCAAAAUGCCAGGCCGACGAAGCCACUGCUGCCCCUGCUUCCAAAAGGAUGUCGAGGUCUGGCCGCUCCCGCCUGUCAUCGAAGGUGGAGAAGCUCUCUGCCGAGCUGGACCACAUGAGGUCCAUGAUUUGGGCCCACCAGCCUGGGUCCCCUUCGGAGGAGGCUUGGGGGCCCACCCCGCCCAUGCCACUCCUAGUCCUGGAGGAGCCUAGCGGCAUCUGCUACUCACUUCCACGAGGAAGAUGACCGUGAUGGCGGCGAGGGAGAAGGGGUCUCCCAGGUGUCCGAUCAGGGCUCUCACUCCUCGGCUCAGACUUUGUUCAGGCACAGGCCAACCUCCACUGCAUUUGCCGUCCCACAUGCAGAGGACUAUAUAAAGGAGCUGCACGCCUGCUGGAGAGACUCCAAGGCUUGCUCCCGCCUCUUGGCAGAUGGUCGUACCCUGGCGGCAAUGCACGACACUGCAGGGGUCGGCCUGGAUCACAUGCCGGCCAUCGAGCCCAGCAUUGUCCCCCCCCGACGAGGCUCUGCGACAGGACACUAGGUGUCCCCAUUCACAGUGCAGGCUAACAGACAACCUGCUCAUCAGGGGCUACGAUGCGGCAGCACGUGCUGCUAGGAUCGGAAACUCUUUGUCGCACCUCCUGCUUACCCUGUCAGCGUCUCUGCAGGAGGGCUAUACAAACGAGGAACCUGUCACCUUCUGUGACGCGGCACUAGAGGCAUUCGGCCUUAUGUCGCUUGGAAGGACAAUGUCCUACCUGGUACAGGCUCGACGCCAGGUCUGGCUCUCCCAGUCGGGCUUGACUGAGGCAUCCAGGAAAACGCUCCUAGCUUUCCCUGUCGAGCCAGGAGCGGUUUUUGGCCCACGUGCUCAAGAGGCGCUGGAGCAAACAAUCCAGGCUGGGCAGACCAGGCAGCAGCUGCUGAGCAUGCAAUGCAUGCCACCCCCCAGCAGGCCUCCCUCCGGCAGGGGCAGGCUCCCCCCAGCCGCCUCUGGAGUCCGGCUGCCACUAGCUCCGGGUAGGGAUCAGCGUCCUCAGCGGCCUACGCAGAGGCAGACCUGGGACUCUCGGGCUCCGGCUGCCUGCCUUCUAGGCAGUCUCGAGCUCCGGACCCUGGUGGACCCCCGCUCCCAGGUCCCCUAGGGGCCGGGGGGGCAGACGCUGAGCCCGGGGGGCCAGCCGUCGGAUACUUUACACAGCAGCAGCUCAGACGUUGGGCUGCUCAAGCUUCAGACCCGUGGGUUGUUACCACCUUAACCCACGGAUACAAGCUGCAGUUCCGAUGCUGGCCCCCCACAGUCAGCCGGGUCAAGAUUACCAUCAUUAACGACCCGGCAAAAACCCUCGCUCUCAAUCAGGAGCUAUCCGCCCUCCUGGCCAAGGGUGCCAUUGAGGCAGUGGACCCGCUGCAGCAUCCCAGGGGGUUCUACUCUGCAUACUUCCUCGUCAUGAAGAAGACCGGCGGAUUCCACCAAUCCUGGACUUGAGGGGACUGAACAGGUACUUACAGACCUUGCCUUUCCAUAUGUUGACUACAGCCGAUGUGCUACAGUCCGUUGUCCACAACGAAUGGUUCACAUCUGUCGACCUGAAAGAUGCUUACUUUCAUGUUCCCAUUUCGAGGCAACACUGCCAGUUCCUGCGAUUUGCCUACAGAGGCCACCACUGGCAAUUCCGUGUGCUCCCAUUUGGGCUCUCCCUCUACCCGGGAGUGUUCAGCAGGGUAGUGGCUGCUGCACUCCAACCUCUGCAGUCCCAGGGCACCAAGAUACUGCCAUAUCUAGACGAUUGGCUGAACUGCGCUCCGUCCCAGGCGCAGGUAGCCGAGGAGACAUCACACCUCCUGUCCCAUGUGGCGAGCCUUGGACUCAAGGUAAAUGCAGAGAAAAGCUGCCUGGUACCGUCCCAGAGCAUAACCUUUAUCGGUCUGGCCCUAGACACCAGAACGAUUGUGGCACGUCCGUCCCCCAGCCGGGUGGAUGGCAUCUUAAGGCUGUUGCCAGCCUUCAAGAGAGGCAGGCGACUGCCGCUCCUCACCUUCCUCCGCCUCUUGGGCACGCUGACGUCUGUUACGGCCGUCGUGCCGCUGGGCCUGCUGGCGCUACGGCCCCUGCAAAGGUGGCUGAACAGUUUCCACCUAGACCCAGAGCGACACAGGUACCGGAAGAUUGUCGUGUCACGGCAGUGCCUCCUUGCUCUAGCCCCAUGGAGGGACAGGGCCUACAUUGUAAGGGGUGUCCCUAUGGGGGCCGUCCCGUCCCACAGGGUGACGGUUGCCCCUUGGGCUGGGGCGCAGUGUGGCAGGGCAGGACAGCUCGGGGACAGUGGUCUGUGGCAGACCACAGCAACCACAUCAAUGUGCUGUAGCUAAAAGCGGUGCAUUUGGACCUAAGGCGCUUUAUGCCUUAUUUGGCAGGCAGACAUGUUCUUGUUCGGUCGGACAACACUUCGACCGUAUACCACAUAAACCAUCAGGGCGGUACGAAAUCUGCGCGGCUGCUACAGGUGUCAAGGGACUUCCUGACGUGGGCAGCCCCUCGCCUGAUGAGCCUGCAGGCCAUGCAUAUACCGGGAGAGCAGAACCAGGUGGCAGACCCUCUCUCCCGCCAGAAGCCUCCAUCAGGAGAAUGGUGCCUUCACCCAGACAUGGUGCACACCAUAUGGAGCCGCUUCGGCAGGGCAGGGGUCGAUCUUUUCGCCUCAGAGGCGUCGACCCACUGCCCGCUCUGGUUCUCCCUAGCGGAGACAACCAGCCCUCUGGGCCAAGAUGCGUUUUCCCACCCCUGGCCGAGAGCACUUCUCUAUGCUUUCCCACCUCUCCCUCUAAUUCACCAGGUCCUCCGGAGAGUAGCUCAAGAGGGCCACACUGUUCCCCUGGUGGCCCCUUUCUGGCCAGGGCGAAUAUGGUUCCCCCUCCUCCACCAACUCUGCCACGGGACGCCGUGGCGCCUCCCUGCCAGGACGGACCUGUUCUCGCAGCUAGGGGGGCGGUUAUGGCCCAGACCCACAACGCCUCCAGCUGUGCGUUUGGCCGUUGGGGGGCCUGAGCCGCUGCUUUGCGGCUGUGUAGUGACGGUUCAACAUACCAUCUUGAACGCGAGGGCACCAUCCACCAGGCUGCAGUACAAGAACAGGUGGCAGCUGUUCUCUAACUGGUGUCGGGACCGGGGCAAGGACCCAGCUUACUGCCCAGUGUCCGCAAUCCUGGAGUUCCUGCAUGGUCUCCUCGAUAAGGGCCGGACCCCUUCUACGUUAAGAGUGUACGUGGCAGCAAUAUCCUCCCAGCACACUGGGGUCAACAACUGCAAAGUGGGAAGCCACCGUCUGGUGUCGCUCUUUCUCAGGGGGGUUCAGAGAUUAAAUCCUCUGAGAGCCCCAAGAGCACCAGCAUGGUACCUCAAUCUUGUACUGGACUCCCUAUGCAAGGCUCCUUUUGAGCCCUUGUCACGCACGGAAUUAAAGUGGUUGUCCUGCAAGACAGCCUUUCUCAUAGCCAUCACCUCGGCAAAGCGCGUCGGUGAGUUGCAUGCCCUGUCAAUGAGCGAUUCGUGUCUUAGGUGGAACCCAGACGGAUCAGGUGUCACUCUGUGGCCCAACACGGCCUUCCUACCGAAGGUACUGUCGACGGCACACCUUACCCAACCUAUUAGGCUGGCCCAGUUUAGCCCUCCACCAGGAGAGAGGACAGACAAGCUGAAGCUGUUGUGCCCGGUGCGGGCCCUCAGGACCUAUAUCGGAGCCACUGCACGUAUUCGCCGGUCGGAUCAGCUAUUCGUAUGUUAUGGUGGCCCAAAUAAAGGCAGCGCUCUUUCAAAGCAGCGCCUGUCCCACUGGGUCGUAGACACGAUCAGCCACGCCUAUCAGGCUAGUAACCAUCCCACGCCAUCCAGGAUACGGUGCCACUCAACGAGGAGUGUCUCCACUUCAUGGGCUGCCCUUAGAGGAGUUCCCCUCGAGGAGAUCUGCUCUGCUGCCUCAUGGGCGUCAUCAGUCACAUUCUCAAGAUUCUAUAGGGUGAACUUGGCCACUCCCCACCCAUUUGGUGUGGCUCUCCUUCCAGAGUCCUCCGAUUCCGCCCCCUGAGGUUUGUAAUUGGGGUUCCUUGUGACUUUGCUGGUAUAAGUCAUUCAGUGCUCAAAGCACCGCCUCUGGCGGUCAGAAGGGAUGAAAUAGAACGAAAGUUACGUAUGUAACUAAGGUUCUAUGAAUCCCGAAUGACCGUCAGAGCACUCCGUCACUCAGAACCCUGUUCUUGCGAGAAAGUGUUCUGUAGGGACUGAACCCUCGGUGACCGGUGGAAGAAAUAACCUCCUUCGGUUCAUCCCGGGGUCACGCGUGACUAUUUUGGUACAAAUGCUCGAACUGCGCAUGCGCAAAGGGAAUCAUUCAGUGCUUAAAGCACCACCUCUGGCGGUCAUUUGGAAUUCAUAGAACCUUAGUUACAUAUGUAACUUUCGUUGUAAAUAUACUUGCCUUUGAGCUGUGAACAGCGAUCAAUGACUGUGUGAUACUUAUAAUCAUUGCUGAUUUGUUUUGACUUAAAAAAAAGCCUCAUUGAGGAUUUCUGUUCAGAUACUCUCCUUGUUUGCACUUUGUUUUGUUUUAUCCCCCUCAGGGCAGUUUGGGGGUAAAAUCGUGUCACUUAUAUGACUCCUUGUCAGGGUAUCUGCUAAACUUUCUCUGUAAAUAAUAAAAAAUGUAAGAAAACAUACAGAGAAAAUCAGGUAUCUUGUUUGCUAUUCACUCUUGGCAUUUAUAAUUGAAUAAACUAGUGGGAAAGAAUAAUUUUGGUGUAAUAAGUAUUUCUCUCCCUUGCUUUCUCUCCCCCUAAAAUCUGUAUCUGUAAGAGCCUGUGUUUAAAUUUAAGAUCUGUUUUGAUGUUGACAAGAUUGUCACCAAACCCUUAAAACCUGUAUCAUAAAUAUCUGAAACCAGCUCUAGGAAACAGCCCAGCAAAUUGGACAAACAGUUUCCAAUUGUCAGUCUCACCAUAUAUCCAUUUAUUUUUGUAAAGUAUGUUGAUUAAACAGUCUCCCAAAACCAGACACAACAACCUCCUAGUUAUGAAUCACCCGUAUAAGUAAGAAAAUACUGUAAUAUAUGUAAAAAACUUGAAUAUACUCUCAGCAUGAAUGCAAACUCUUGCCACUGAAAGUGUCAGCUGUCAAUCUUUGUUUGCACUGAUUAAUGUAACCCCCCUAAUGACUUUCUUUAUCUCUAUCAGUUACUAAUGUACUUUUUGUCUCUGUUUUCAGGAUGACUAUUUGCUAAUGAAGUUCCUCAGUUGUCUCCUAGAGCCCAGGUAUGGUGUGCAUGCGGCAGCAGUGAUAACGUUUCUUUUGAGUUUGUUUGAAACUUGACUCUCCCCUUUCCUGUAAAUAAAAUCCACACUUUCUCCUCAGGGAGGGUCUUCAUUCAGGGACCACUCUACCCGUGGAAAAUGAGCUUCAUGAACUUCUGCUAGAUUUACUCUGUCGCCUCUCCCCCCGGCAGAUCCUGAGCUUCCUCCAGACUUCCCAACACUACAGACUGGAAGAGGCCAUACAGGUAACAUGAACUAAAACACUGUUUUGUGCAUUUCAUGUGUGAGUGUGUCAAAGGUCAUUUCCUGUUUUGAGUUGUGUCAUUUACUUAUGCAUUCAAAGCGACUAUUUGGUUCCUGUUUUUCAGAGAAUUAAUGAAAUGUAUUUUUAAUAUUUAUUUUUACCCUGGACACAGAAUACAGCCUCUAAAAGCAAUAUACAACAGCAACCACAAUAGACACAGAAGACUUUUCAACAGGACAUUAGCCCUUCUUUGGAUACACAGCCAACAGACUGGUGAAAAGUCAGUUUGAAAAUAAAAAACAAGGGAAGAAAAUCCAGCAUUUUCACAUGCCAUCUGCCAAGCCGUCUUUGUACAUCAGCUCCUUGAAGAAGCAUGAAUAAUGCCACCUUCUGUCUGUGGAAUCCUGUUUGGAUUCGAGCUCUUGAACUCGCCGCUUGUCCUGGGGAGAUUUUUCUUUUUGCCAAAAGUACUAUUUUCAGUGUCUUAACUUAUUUUUCAAUAUGAUUUUCCUGUGCAGCUUUCUCCAUUACUCUAGCCCUAAACUUUUACUUCAUGUUCAUCAAUUCAUCCCUGCGUGAUGGACUGGGGAAAAAAACCCUGCUUGCACUCAUGGUACCACCUGUCAGCUGGUGUUGUGUAGUUCCAAUUGAGCACAAUUAGCACAUGAUCAUGUUAGACUCCACGAGGAGCCAAGUGACUUCAGGCCAGCUGUACACACAUCACAGAGACCUUGGCCUGAACUUUAGAACGGGCUCAUGAACGGGUCUGAAGUAGGGGGACCCCAACAUCAAAUGAAUAACUGGGUCCGCUUUUCUCUUUUGAUCCCUGGGAUGAGGCUCCCCCUGACCCACCACUCAGAUGAAGGAUUUAUUUGGCCCUAUUUCAGAGGCCUGGGCUGGCCCUAUUGUGGGGGUUGAGAGGCUGGGUGCCUGGGAAUCCUAAAGGCUAUGUUUAGCGUGCAUUUGGAGCAACCUGAUUCUUUCUUUGAAGGGAAAGCUGCAAAGCCUCUCCCUCUUUCUUUCUCCUCCCACAUCAUUUCACAUAACCCAGCAAAGCUGCCAUACUCCAUUGGGGCUUAUUAAGUUGAUGGUAUAACAGCCUGUAGCAGAGACCCUCCAGAGUAAGGCAGCUGCAGUGCUCACAUGAGUCAAGUGCAUCCAGGACUGCCAAUGAUGAUAAUAAUAAUAAUACAUUUUAUUUAAAAGCGCCUUUCUGGACACCCAAGGACACUGUACAGGCAUUAAGAACACAGUUAAAAAGCGCAAACAUGGAGCUAGUAUGGGUGCGAGCUUGCUGCCAUUGCAUAAAAAAAGUUGACUGGUAAGCUACCAUGAGCUGCAUGGAGGCAGUAACAGUAGCAUUUCUGUGGCUCUGUAAAACCCACAUUCUUGGAGUGAAGAAGUCUGGACUUUGUACACUACAUGAAAAACUAGCAUCCAGCAAUGAAGUGGUUAGCUCAGUCUGUGGUCCAUUAGGCUAAUAAUUCUUGGCAGUCAUGCUAGGAGAUGAUGAUUACCUGGAAAGAUGCAAGAAGAGGUGUUUGAAUGAAUUGAUGAAGGAUCAGCCAUUUUGUAGGGGAGGAUGUCUCAUCUCUUGAUGAAGUUAUCACAUCUGCCAGCCAUUGUAGCCAUUUUAGCCGGUGUGAUAGCAUUGGGCCUCUGAGGACUACUCAGAGGGGGGUACCAUAGUGAGAUACCAAGUUAAAGUUUCCAGAAAGCGGGGUGUCAUCAGUUUGAAAGGCAAAUGCUACAGGUGAGCAAUAUGGAAGCGAUUGUCACUCAUAUCUCAAAUUCAAAAGCAUUAGCAGAAAUGCUUUUUCAUUUCAAAGUCAUGGCUGCAAUAUUUGACUCAAAAAUAAAAAUAAUCUUCAAGACUGCUCAUUUUGUGACUGAAUUAAAAAGCAAAAGCAAAUCACAUUUAACAUUUAAUUUUCAAAACAUUCACCAGCAAAAAGGUAACAAAAUUAAUUUGAAAUGUCAAAUUCAAAAAUUCAAAAGCAUUAGCAGAAAUGCAUUUUCAUUUCAAAGUCACUAUUCACUGCACUAUUUGACUCAAAAAUAAAAAUAAAAAGCAAUAUUCCAAAAUGCAUUUUCCUUUUCUACUUCAAGACUGCCCAUUCUGUGACUAAAUUAAAAAGAAAAACCAAACUAAGAAAUGUUUUUUCGUUUUCAUGCUCGCCCCGCAAAAAGUGUCUCAUAAUAGGAGGUUUUCAGUCACGUGAUCCUGACUUCACGCGAGGACCAAAUGGAGGGCAGGAAAUGACCGACUGCAAUGGAGUAGAUGCGCUGGUUUAGAUGUGUGCCGGUAUUUAGCCGUAGAUGGAGUUCAUCACCCGCCUUGCGCUGCAUAUCCAAACAGCCCGACUCCAAGAAGACCCUACCCCGGCGCGACGGGGGCCGCUGCCGGCCUCACACUGUCCAUGGGAUUCGGCACUGGGCUCUUCCCUCUUCGCUCGCCGCUACUGAGGGAAUCCUGGUUAGUUUCUUUUCCUCUGCUUAGUAAUAUGCUUAAAUUCAAUUUUCGUUUAUUUGUUUUCAUUUCAAAAAGGGAAAACAAACCGUUUUUCAAUGUUUUGUUUUUUGAUCCUUGAUUGAAUAUCAAUUGAACGAAUGAUACACAAAUUCACUGCCCACUAUCGGGCAGAAGGGGCCAGAACGAGUGGGGUCCGUGACGUCACUUUCCGGCGCCACCUGAGAUUGCGAACUCAGAUCGAACUAGAAAAGCACUCGGAGAGCGCAGACCUCUGCCAAGCAGCUCAUGUCCCCCCUUAUAUUGUGAUUCACACUAAAACUUUUAGUGUUAUGUGUCUUUUAUUAACGUUUAUAGGUGUUUAAACUGAUAUGUUCACUGUUCAUAAUGUUCCUAAAACAAGAGAUGCCCUGACCGGGAUUCAAACCCAGGACCUUCUGGUUGUGAGGAGAUAAUGCUAACCAAUACACCACUGUGCCAUCUAUCUACACCACUGUGCCGCCCAUUGGUUAUCUUUCAGCAUUGAAAAUUCCAACGUCACCCUUAGUUUUGUGUGUUCUGGAUCACAGUAUCAAGAAUUUUGUCCGGAUCACCACCAAAAUUUAAUGGGAUCCUCCUGGGGCUGAGACGCGCCUCUGGUGAAAAUUUCAGGUCAAUCUCUCAGUUACUUUCUCCGUAAAGUUGCUAACAGACAAACAAACUCACAAACAAACCAACGCUACCGAAAACAUAACCUCCUUGGCGGAGGUAAUUAUGAGACACUUUUUGCAGGUCGAGCACGAAAACGAAAAAGCAUUUCUGAGUUUGGUUUUCUUUUUUAUUUAGUCACAGAAUGGGCAGUCUUGAAGAAGAAAAUGAAAUCGCAUUUUGGAAUAUUGCUUUUUAUUUUUAUUUUUGAGUCAAAUAGUGCAGCCAUGACUUUGAAAUGAAAAAGCAUUUCUGCCAAUGCUUUUGAAUUUGAGAUAUGAGUCACAAUCGCUUCCAUGGAGCAAUUCUUGUUGAACUGCAAAGGUACCAGCUUUGGAUCUAGUAGCUAGGUCUUCCUCAUUAUGAUCUACAUUCAAAGUAAAAUUUAAAACACAAGUUCUAACACAGCUGUGUGGAUUUCAAACUAAAGUUUUGGAUUUUAAAGUAUUCAUAUGUCACCAGUUGUGAAGUUGAUAUCACGCAGGUAAAACCUGCAUCCUUGGGUGCAAUUUUAAGAUCCUUUUAAUGGUUAUUAAAUGUCUUAGGGGUCUUGGACCUUCUUAUCUUUCAGAAUUGCUUUUGCAAUAUUAACCCUUGUGGACCCUGAGAUCCUCUGGCACUGGCCUUUUAAUAGUCCCCAAAGCUAGAACACAAACUUACGGUGAGGCAUCUUUCCAGCACUAUGGCCCCCGUCUUUGGAACAGCCUGCUGGAGGACCAGAGGGCUGCAGAGAAUGUUCAUAUUUUUAAAAGCAGGUUCAAGACCCACCUAUUUAAUUUGGCUUUAAACUAAUGUCUUACUAUUAUCUAUAUUUUUAUCUUAUUUUAUUUAAAUAUUUUAGUCCUCAUUUUACAUGUUAUGUUUAUUCGAUUUUUUACUUAUUUUUAAAUAGUAUUUUAGCUAUUUACUAGUAUUUUAUAAUUUUAUCUAGUUAGAUGUUCUUACCCAGUGUAGUUUAGGUUAUGUUUUUAUUGCGUCUCUUCAGUGUUUCCUCAGUGGGGGCCACCUGCACUGGGGGCUGUGACUGGCUCUGUCUGGGAUUUCUCUUCCUCAUGGUGUGCACUCAGCUUGGCCAGGUGGUGGUCCGCAGCAGUUCUUGCUACUGUGGGCCCCUUAUUGGCCCCUGGGCCGUGAGCAGCUCCCAGCGCAGUUGACCUCCUGACGUUUCUUGACCUGGCCCCUCUGUACUCGGCCACAUGCUUUUAAGACUGCAUUAUCUGUGUGUGUGUGUGUGUGUGUGUGUGUGUGUGUGUGUGUGUGUGUGAUGGGGUCUCUGCGUGGGGGCGUCGCUUUUAACAUGUAAAGCACUUUGUGCUCCAUUUCUUUUUGCAUAAAAAGUGCGAUAUAAAUAAAGUUUGAUUUGAUUUGAUGGCAUAUUCUUCUCUGUCUCUACGGUUGUUAUUUCUCAGAUAGUGGAAAAGUACCACCACAAUGAAGCACUAGCCUACCUGCUGGAAAAGAAGGGUGAUUUUCAAGGGGCUUUUACUGUCUUGUUAAAAGUAAGUAAACACUCCACAGAUUGAUUCGUGGUUCUUAGAUAGAAAGAUGCGCGUACGGGUGUAUAUGUGUACAGCUCAAACAAUAAAUUUUUUUUCCUAUAAUUUUAAUUAAAAAGUGAAAUUGUAAGUAUAGAUGAUAGAUGAACUUAUAUUCUUAUGUCAUCUCUCAAUAGACAUUAAAAGAAAAACUAAGUCUCCUCACUUUUGGGGAGGACAGAGGAGUUGAAGAAACAGAAGAGGGUUUGAAAGAAGAGGAAGACGACACUAAAACAUCUCUGUCAACAGUGAAGGACUCUCUAAAAAACAUCAUUGACUUGUGCCAUCAUAGCUCUGAGAACCUCUACCAACAAGAAAGAGAGGUACUGUCAACACACAUCAUUGUGAGUGGACGGAGUCUGGCUGUUGUUGGCUUAUUUAUAACUCUUUGUUGUUUCAGGCCCUGUGGUUCCCACUCCUGGAGACGAUGAUGUUCUUUCAGAGAGAGGUGAAGCAGCAUGGUUCGCCACACACAUUUGAAGGUACAGUAUCAUACAAACAAACAGACAUAAUGUUUGUGCUGCAUUACAUAUGAUCAAAAAAGUCCUACAUUUAUGAGCUACAAAGUUUUCCUCUUUUACUCUCAGUCAUCGAACCUCCAGGUACUCCCCUUUAAUGAGUGUAGUGAACCUGCUCUCUUUUUGACAACACAGAAACUUUUCAUUUACAUUUUCUGUUAUAACACAAAAUAUAUAAACUAGUAUUCUACAUAGAAUACAAACUGUAACUUCAAAUACAAGAUUACUUCCAUUAAUCAGUGUUUUGUAACCAAUUUAAUGUUAUUUGUUUGUUUCAGUGAUUAGGGAACUGACAAUGAAGGUCCUUAACUGUAUGAGCAGCUUUAUUUCUCUUCCCGCCAUCAUCCAGCGAAUACUCCAGGUGAGUAUUUUCAGUUUGUUGCGGCCUCUCUUAGUUUCAUAUCUUGUUACAGUCAUUUCAAAUUUAGAAAGUUUCUCCUCAUUUCCUGCCAACCUGAUUUACAUGUCUUGCAUAAGUAUCAGGUAAUUACACACAUCCCAGACUCUGUAAGGGCUUGAAGUUAAUAAACCAUUUCAGACAUCAGAAAAAGGUAGCAUUCUCCAACUUUUGCUGAUAUGGAAUGUAAAAACACCACCAUACCUGAAAGUAGCUUUCUUUCUGGCAUGGGUCCUCUUCCAUACACAUCAAUCAAUUUUAAAGUUUCAAACAAUAUUUUUUAACUUUGUCAUUAUUGGUAAUUGUGUGUUGAGUUGACAAAUGAAUUUAAUCCAUGUUGGAAUAAGGCUGUAAAACAAGAAAUUGUGAAGAAAAGUUUAGCACUGUGAAUACUUUCUGGAUGCACUGUACCUGCUCUGCCAUGUGAAUAUGAACAAUUGACCACUGCAGUGAUAUAUGGAUGUUGUUGUUGUUGUUUUUUUGUUUUUUGUUUUUAUCAACAUUUUAUCCUCCUGUAGGUAAUACCUCUCAGUAUUUUGGUGACUAAUCCAAUUUAUAAUGAGAUGUCACUCAUGUUUGGUUGAAGUCAUGUUCUGUAAGUUUCACUCUGAAACUUUUCAUGCUCAAUUCUGUUGCUCUGCAUGAUGGGACUGUUUCUGUUGAUUGAUCAUUGAUUUACCAACACAUGGCUAAACACACCAGCUGUCCUAAAGUGACUCAAUAAACCCUCUGAUUAUUAUUUGCUGUUUGCAUAUCUGUUUCUGUUAGGACCCUGUGUACGGGACUGGUAAACUUGCAGAAAUCCAAGGCCUCAUACUGGGUAUGCUGGACACUUUCAACUAUGAACAGGUAAUCAACUUUUUGUGUGUUUGUGAAUGUGGGUCUCCAAGUAUGUACACUUGUGUACCCAGAUUGUUUAAGGGGCAGGGGUUAAAAAAAAGGAACUUUUUGUAUGCCAUGGGGCACCAACAGGCUGCCACAGGCUAGAAGUGAACCGAAACUUGCUGUUGAGACAUGAUAUGGGAUGUGGGCAUAGACGGCUAUGCCAGCAGCGCCCCACCAAAGCCAUUUUUCUUAUACUUUUCAUGGAAAGGGCACCUCUGCCAUGUCCCUAUGAGAGGGAACACUGCUAUUUGUGUGUACUGAAGGUAAAAGGGGUCUUUUUUGUCAUUUUUAGACUCUACUGGAAACAACUACCAGCCUGCUGAACCAUGACCUCCACUGGUCCCUGGCUCACCUGCAUGCAGCAGUCACAAAAGGACUCCACCCGCGACAGGACUACUGUUACAUUUGCCUCCAGCACUACAAGAGGAGGCAGGACUCGUUUGAGGAGAUUAUUGUGUUCAGGUAAUGUUAAUACAAGGUCUUCAAAGUUUGGUGUUAGUGUUCAGCGGGAAAGAAGGCGAACUGUUGUUGCCACAGUAUUAUUUUUAAAAUAUUAUAUGGGAGGUCUGGGGCAAUUGAAUCGGGGGGGGGGGGGUAACACAAACAGUCCUGCUAGACAUGACUUUGGGAUGUGAAAAUCUGGUAGCACAAUCCAUUUCUUAAAACAACUUUGAGUCCAAAUAUCAGCCCUUAACUUUGUACGUUGUCUUUUUGCAGAGUUAACAGCAAAAUAAGAAUUUUUGCACCAGAAAAUAACAUGUAGAGCUUACAGGUGAUUUGGAGGAUUUUUGUCAUGUUGUCCUGGGUUUUGUAUUUAAUGACCUUUGUUUCAUUAAGAUACAUGACUAAUGGAGGCUAGGAUACACAUUCAUCCAAACAUUUACUUGCUGUGUUUAUCAAUGGAUAAAUUUUUUAUUUUUUAUUUUUAAAGGAAUGAUGUAAUUUACAUUUAAUGAAGCGAUGAUGCAAAAUAACUACAUUCAUAGUUAUACACCAUAUCUGCAAGUCAGCUUUGGCAUGAACUAUGCCUGUACUCCUCAAAGACGCAUGUCAUGUUCCUGCAAAACUGCACAAAUACACCUUUAGAUACCCACAUCAUUGCUUGGAUAUGUCUGCACGCACAACAGCAACCCAGAACAAUGAAUGCAGUGUUACAGUUCUCCAAUCAGUCAAUUUAACAUACUACUCAGGAUUGUGCAGCCACAAUGUGUCAGAGGAGCAAUUUGUGUGUAAAAGAAGAGUUUAUGCAAUUAAACAGCAGAAGUAUCCAUCAGCAGCCAACAAGAAAACAACAAAAAUAAGAAAAAAAAGAGCAAAAAUUGCAGAAAAUUCAGAGAGAGCGGACUUUGGUGAUCCUUGGUUGAACACAGGUUUGAGGAAAUAAGAUAAGACAAGAAGAACUUUAUUUAUCCCCAAAGGAAAAUUCAAUAAUAAUAAUAAUGAUAAUCUGGCUUUGCUGAAUUGGAUUCGGAGUAGAACUUUAAAUUUGAGUUACCUUCUUGCAGGAAAAGGAUUUAUUUAUAGACCCCACCAUAUAUCUGAAGAAAUGCAUUUUAUCUCAUUUUUUUCAAACUGUAAAAAAAUUUUUAAAGUAUAAUAAUUUAUAAAUAUAUAACUUUUUUGUGUUUUUUGCUAAUACUUUUUUAAAGCAAAUGAUGAGUGAAAUGAAAAACCAAAGCUAAAUAUCAUUGUACUUGUUUUCAUGUAAACUUCUCUUUUUUAAAGCCUUCUGACCUCUCCUUCUUUGGCAGAAAAUUCACUUUGUAGACCUUCAGCUUUUGCUGUCUUGCUGUCUUGUUAAAAAGUGUAACAUUCAGGCACUAAUGGGUUUUGUAUAUUUCAUCAGCUGUGGUCACCUGUACCACUUCCAGUGCUUGCAGCAGAAGGAUUGUGGUUGGGGCUCUGCUUCACAGCACCAGCCAAGGUGGAGCUGCUACAAAUGUUCCUCAAGCCAUGGAGGAAGGAGCGGGUCUUCUGUUAAACUACUACACUGCAGUAAAUCCCUGGCACAAGUAAGUGGGUUUGUGCUUUAAAAUAAAUGUUUCAACAAAAACUGUGAUUGACUCUGAUUUAGUUUGAGGUAGAAUGAGAUGGCAAUACUCCUCCCAGCUCUUUGACUUACACACCACUCUGCAAUGUUUUUGUUGAAUUUAUUAGCCCAGAUUGUCUGAAUAGAUGUGUAGGGGCAAAAACACCAGCAACUCACACACUCAGUCUGUUACAGCAGCCGUACUGCCAUUUUACAUGUAAUAUGUUUCACUUCCUUGUAUGUUUCCAUUAUCAUCUGUUGUUAUGUCUCUCAGAAGUACUCAGCAGGUUAAGUACUCUGCAGGUAUUUUCUUUGUGUCUUCAGUAAAUCUAGACCUCAGGGUCUAUUCAAGAAAGACAUUCACAUACACUUACCAGAGGGACUCUCUCCUGGAUUGAUGAGGCCACACCUCCUCAUCCUAGCUUGGCAAACAUUAAAUAGCUGAAGCCAGGAUGAAAUGAUCACAAUAGGUUGUUACUCCCAUAAUACUUCUUUUCAGUGCACACAGUCCCGUACUGUAGUUCACAAUCCUUACUUAGCCCUCUCUCUGCCGUAGACUCAUGUUACAUCAGUUCAUCAUGAUGCAGGAGCUGAGGCUGACAAGAAAAAGGUACGUUUUUUUCAGAUCUAAAUUAUAUUCAUGGCAAAAUGCAUUUUCUUUUCAGGUUUUCACUAUAAAAAGGAAAUACUGCUGUACCUUAAUGCAACUUCUUAGGCUACUUCAUGAAGAUAGCGGAACCAGUUCAAUUCUUGUUCUAGUACAGCAAACAGUUCUUUUAAAACAGGACGCAGUUUGUUGUGCUGCCCUGAAAUUAAUUGGUGACACUGUACAAAAAGACUAAAUGAUUGGUGCAGUUACCAGGACUAAUGAGGAGCUAACCGCUCAUUAACCAGAAAUCUUUAAACCCAUCAAGUCUCUCUUUGAGAGGCCAAUCAAAACUUGAGAUCAAAAGCCUUCAUUUCCAUCACUGAAAGCAAGUAUUACAUUCGAAACGUGGACAGAUUUCAAACCUUUACCAAUAUUUGUCUUGCUUUUAGAGUUGUUCACAUGGGCUUUGCACUUAUGCUUGCCCUGAAAUGUCUGUAUUUUAAUGUGUGCUGAUGUGUGAUUAAUCUUGUGAGAUGUAAUUGAGCUAUUUUGCUCAUUUCAGUUUAUCGACAUUGAUGCAGUGGCGAUUGCUCUAAGACUGCAAGGGAAGCUCAGCUUCCCUUAAAAUGUCACCCCCCAAAAAAAAGAAAAAGUGGUGAAAUACGUACGGCUGUGUGUACAUUUCAUUAACUAAAUACGCGCUAGAAAGCCUUCAUCUUUUGUUCAGAAUCACACUGUGAUAAGAAGCUGAUAAUUACAGGUAACCAGCACAACUUCGUUCUCAUUCAUCCUCGCAGCGCCUCAGCGCUUCACACAGCCGGACGCUCAGCGUCUGCUGACUUCAAUGUGGAAGCUCAAAGUGGGUUGUUCCAGCAGCGAAACUAGACGCUCAUUGGAUAAAUGCUGGGCUUUGUCCCGCCCAUCGGACGCUCAGCGUCUCUGGAGUUCUAUGACGAGAGGGCGGUCCCAACUUUCCAUGAUUGGAUGAGCUGUCUGAGGCGAAAUCCUUUUUUGAUUGACAGCUAAACAAGCGAAUCAGCGAUCUUGAAGAAUAAAACAUCUACCAGAGCAUUUUCCAAGUUACUCAUUCUGUUGUUCUUAACUCCGGAGACUUUACCGAUCCUCAGCGACUUUUGUCUUUUGUUAAAAACGACUGCCGUUGUGUUUGGCGACUCUGUUCUGUUACAUACAAAAAAAGAGCUUCCCCUCCUUGAAAGACCAGCAGCCGCCACUGCAUUGAUGCAUACUGUUAACAUGCUGAUUAAUGUGCAAUGUAAGAAUAAACAAUAGUAACAGUAACCCCGGCUAUUUUGAAAGAUCUCAGUCGUAGUACAUUAAGUGUUAUUGCAAAGAGUCAAUAAUGGGCCCCACAGCGCUCUGCAAUGGAGUACUAGGACCACAUUAAGGAUGAUAUUUUCAGAUUUCAAGAUUAAAAUCAUAAUAAAGCUGUAAGAAAUUCAAUUAAAGUCAUAAUAUUAUGGGAGUUUAGUGUUAUCAAUAUCAUUAUAUUACCAGAAUAAAGUCAGCUAGGAUCAUAGCAUCAUGAGAAUAUGAUCAUAAAAUGACAAGAAUAAAGUCGUACUAAACUCAUAUUUUUCUAAGAAGUUAUAGAGUCAUAUUAUCAAAGUAAAUUUACAAUGUUUAAGUUUAGAAAGUCACAGUGUGUUCUUAGUUUGGGAAACCAUUGACCUUUUAUGAAGGGGGAGGGUUACCUGAAGACCAGAACUAAAAUGAGGAAUAUGUGGAGUGUCUAAUUACAUAAAAGAAAAAGAAGAAAUUUCAGACGCACCAUCUUCUUCAUUUUUCAGCAAAGGACUGGCUGCUGAUCAGUUUCCCCUUCACAACAGCCGUAACAGAAAGACUACACCAGUCAUGGAAUAAACUCUCAUCAAAUCUUUAUUCUCGAAAUCUUAACUUUUAAAAUCCCUUAAUGUGGCCCUAACACUUCAUCACAGGGCUCUGACCAACAACCACACACAACUUAAAUCAAACGGCAUUUCCAAGUGCUGAUGCACGAUUCACUUCUUCUCUGCUGGUUUACUUUGUGUUUUUUGCACCUGUAGACAAUGUCUGCCUCACAUUUUUGCUUUGGUUUUAAAAUGGUCCAGGUAUUUGUGGAAGCAACGUUGAACCUUCAGCAGGAACAGUCCUGGGAUCAAUUCUGCAGUUUCUAUAAAGGACCAUCCAGGGUAUGAAUUGUUAUAUAUGUUUUUCCUUUUUUUUUUUUUUCAAACUAUAACUAACCAAGAGGAUGUCAGAUGUUACAAGAAGCAGGUCAGAGUUUAAAAAGAUCAGUGUAAGGAGACCUCAGCUGGUUGUAAAAUAGACUGAACUAAAGGUGUUUUUACUCCACGAAACUGGGCAAUGUGCUGCUUCUAUAACUUUACAAGACUGAGAGGUCUAAUGACCAUGAUUUAGUUGUCUUUGUAGCUCAGUUCUAGUUGAGACUGACAGUUCAUGGAUAGUGCAGCUUACUUAUACCAGUGGCAUAUAUGGGAGUUAAUACUGCAUAAGUCCAAAAGGGGGCAAUAUUACCAUGUUUUUUUUUGUUUUGUUUUGUUUUAUACAUUGAUCAGCUGGGACUGUAGCCAUCUUCAAACCUAUUCAUAUCUUGUGUGUGACAGUUAGUUCCAUGUGUUUCCACAGGAUGGGUCUGAGACUGCUGUGAAAAAAAUCAAGACAGAGAUAUGUUCAGGGGUGGACCUUGAUCCCGUUUAUGAAAUAUCAACCUGAUCUAACACUGUAUGAAGGAGUUAGAUAGGAGAUACUACUGCAGAGCACAGGUCCAACAUGUGGACCUAUGUCAUGAAACAGGAAGUUCUUCUAAGUACUUAACUGCUUCUCUUAAGCACAGACAGGUACUGUGUAUGGAUCUGCAGAGCUGUAUGUGUACAGUUGAGAAGUAGGCAAGUCUGUAUAACUGUUUGAAUUACUCACUUUUUCUUGCUUUUUUUUUCCAGUUGUCCAUACUUUCACAGCUGUCCCACGGCCAUAGCAACGAGAAGAUGGUGUUCCUAAUCCCAGGCGAACUAAGAACUGAAAAUUUCUCACUGAAACUCUCUCCUCCACCUCUGUUGGAAGAUUAGCACCUGCGUUGUCGAGCAUAGAUUUUUACUUUUAUUUGUCCAAACUACAGUGAAGUGCAUGUAUCAGGCUUUUCAGCUAUAUAACUUAGAACAUGCUUAUUUUAAAUGUAAAAUACAAAAAAGGUGGGGCUUGUGACUUUUCUCAAGAUUUUGGCUUAAGAUAUGGAACAAUGACCAAAUUCACGAUUUGGUGGCUAAAUGAUAUAACAGUCCAGCUUCAUUUUGGCAGGGGUGAGGUCCCUUUAACAGUGAAGGGCCAUUUUUCUGAUCCAUCAGUGGUGAUGAUCAUUGCAGAACUGGAGACAGCUCAGUUUUUUUGAUGUUCUGAAAACAAUCUGAGGAGCUAUAGGCUUAGAUUUACACAGAAUAAAAAAGCAUUCAUUGCAUUCCAAGAAUCAUGUGAGAAUUAUCAGAGUCCAACAGAAGGGAGUGUUUUUUCUUUCAGGAGUGGGCUGUCAGACAGUUUUGGAUAGAGGGAAGUUUCUCUUAGCUUAUGCCUCACUGUUGCUUGUAAGUUUUGGCUUAGGUGUAUGAAGUUAGUCUGUAAGGCGCACUUUGCAUUAUGCAGAUGGAAAUACCCAUGCAAGACAGCAAAUGUUGCAUCAUGAUUGCAGAAUUUCCCAAAAUCAUUUACAAUCUGAGAGAAGUGGCUCGUGGAAUUGUUUCUAUGAUUUCUAUAAAUGUGUUUGUUUGUUUGAACGUGCAGGGUUUAAACUGCAGAAGUGUCUUGUACUCAUUCAAAAUGUCCUUGACUUUUAUUCUCUUUUGUCCUCUGUCUUGUUUAUUUGCACUUUUUCCAUCACAGACUGUGAUUUUUUGGUUAGUUUCUUGUUCAUUUUUCUGACUAAACAAGACAGUUUUAUACCAUUCAAGAGUUUUUAAGUAUCAGCUCUUGAAGUGAUUAUGGAGAAAAUCACUCAAAUUUCACCUCACACUGGAUGCAUAAAACCUCUCCUUUCAGUCUCUUGGCUUUUUAUUUUGUUAAUAAAAUAUUGUGUGUGAUAUUGUGAGUUUAUUCAAUUUUGAAUGAAAUUGAAUUUAUUCAUUUAAAACAGGGACAAUGCACAAAAAACACACUAAUUUGUAAGACAAGAAGAGAUGCUUUGAGCCAGGUUAUAGCAACAAUUGCUAAUUUCCACCUGUAGGCCCUGAGUAGGUAAAGCGAAAGCAGAUACAAUAUUAAAAUCAUUGAAAUGUGAGAUAAAAAUAACAUGAUGACCGUAGUAUUUUAAAAAUGGACAGAAUACACCUGUAAAAGCAGGGUACAAGACAGUCAAAUCAUGAGUUGCACAAUGAUAAUCAACAGCACAUACUCUCUUUUACUCUCAUCACAUUCAAACACAAGCACAUACACAGAUAAUGAUCUAACUAUCCCCAUCCUCCUCGAAUAACCACACUUAUACACAUAUUAAUAACCGGACUUAUGUACACCAGUGGCUGCUGCUGGUCUUUCAAGGAGGGGAAGCUCAUUUUUUUUCCCGGCCUAUAUCAUAAAUGUGUUUGUUUGUUUAUUUAUAUGUAAAUUUCACCCUCUGCUCCUUUUCAAGCAAAUGAUCUGUGACCCUGUCGUGGAGGAUGAGAGUCGCCAAACACAACAAUAGUCAUUUUUAACAAAGACAAGGUUGCUGGGGAUCGGUAGAGUCUCCGGACCAGUUCAGAACAACGGACUGAAAAAUAUGGAAAAUGCUCCAGUGGAUGUUUAUACUUGAAGAUUGCUGAUUCGCUCAUUUCGCUGUCAAUCAAAAAGGGAUUCCGCCUCAGACAGAUCAUCCAAAAGAUCAUAACAGUUUUGUGAAGUAAACAAACAUUUGAGUGUAUAAUACCAUAUUUGGCAAGUACAUGGAAAUGAUGGUAAUGCCGUAGUUUGUUGGCAUGGAUCUUAAGACUACUUUUGUACAAUGACUAAUGGUUUUGUAACUGUUUUACAUGCCCAAGACCAGGUUGUGAUACAGUUCAAAAAUGGGGCUUGAUCAUUGCAUUUAGGUAUGUACUUGAUGAGAAUUUCUCUUAUGUCUGAAUUUAGCUAAAUUAUAUUUCAACGUGUUAGUCAGUUUUCUUACAUGCCCUUAAAAACUAAGUGUUGGAUCUAACGUUACUCCCAGGUAUUUGAAUUGUUCUACAUGUUUUAAUUUUUGCCCAUUUACUACAAUGUCAGGAUCACUUUUAAAUUUACACCUAUUUGUAAAGAACAAGGUUACAGUUUUUUCCACAUUUAAUGUGAGGCAUUAAUUAUAUAACCAAUCACUAACCUUGUUCACUGCCUUUGUUAAUCACACAGCCACCUCUACUACAUUUUUCCCACCAGUAUACAAUAGUGUCAUCAGAAUACAUUAUAGUGUUAACAUCCUUACAAA